CCAGUCUACGACAAGACUUUUGAGUGAGAAGUCGUGCGAGAACACUCGACCGUGGAGUGAUUUUAGGGCGUAUUUGCCCUGGCAGACAUUAGCCAUGGCUACUGCGAAAAUGAAAAUAAUACUGCCAUUAGUAGUUUGGAUAUUUCUCCACACCGUUACGACCGUCCAAUCCUACGACAGGAUAGGACACGGUAAACGAGAGGUAUUUUUUUUAAAUUUAGAGGACGGAUAUUUUGGAUGUCAAGUAAACGAAUCGACCGACGUUUUGCAACUUUUCGAACUGUCAAAAUUGUGCGACGGAAGACCGAAUUGCUACCUGGGAUCCGACGAGAAGCGACAGGAACUCAAAUGUACAGAUAACUGCCAGAAGGAGGAUGGAAGCAUCUGCCAAAACGGUGCUUGUCUGGAUGGUCAGUGCCAUUGUAACGAUGGUUAUGGUGGAUGCAACUGCGAAGUACCUGACGAAAACGAAUGCAAAUAUAGACCUUGCGAUGUUUUUGCCCACUGUACGAAUACGUUAGGAAGUUUUUCCUGUACAUGUUAUCCAGGUUAUCAAGGAGAUGGUUUCCACUGUGAAGACAUUAACGAGUGCGAGGAUCCGAACAUCGCUGCCAGAUGUGUGGAAAAUGCCUGGUGCUGCAAUCUACCGGCCCAUUUUCUCUGCAAGUGCAAUCCUGGGUUCCAAGGAGACGGAGAAGUGCAAUGUGUCGACAUUGACGAGUGUGCCAACCCCAACGCUUGCGGUCAAAACGCUCAUUGUCAGAAUUUCCCAGGAAACUACACCUGCGUCUGCCCAGAAGGAUUCUACGGAAACCCAUACGAUGGAUGCGUGGACGUGGACGAAUGCGAUUUACCAGGCGCUUGUGGACCUGGUGCUCUGUGCUCCAACGUUAUCGGUGGAAGACAGUGCACCUGUCCACCAGGUUACGAAGGAGAUGCUUACACCAGUGGCUGCGUGGAUGUGGACGAAUGUUCAAGGUCGAACCCUUGCGGAAGAGACGCUCUAUGUUCUAACCUAGAAGGGAGCUUCAGGUGUGCGUGCCCACCAGGGUUCAUAGGAGAUCCACUUACAGGCUGUACAGAUAUUAACGAGUGUGACUCAAACCCUUGCUCUGCGUCCGCAAAGUGCCUAAACACGAACGGCAGUUACCACUGCUCUUGCCCGGAGGGGUAUACAGGGGGAGCAGGAAGUCAGGAAUGCGUGGAUAUAAACGAGUGUGGAAGAUCGGGAGCUUGUGGAAUAAACGCUAAAUGCAUUAACGUACCGGGGUCAUACAAAUGCCUCUGCCCACAGGGCUUCACCGGAAAAGGAGAAUUGUACUGUGAAAAUGUUAACGAAUGUCAGACCAAUCCAUGUGGAAAGAAUGCAGUUUGUAAGGAUACAAUUGGAAGUUACGUAUGCGAAUGUUUGGAGGAUUACACUGGAGAUCCAUUUAAAGGAUGUGAUGAUAUUGACGAAUGUACAGUUCUGGAUAAACCUUGUGGGCUACAUGCGGUCUGUGAAAACACAUCCCCUGGGUACAAUUGCUUGUGUCCACAAGGGUAUCAGGCUAGUCCAUCACCCAAGGUCGCCUGUGAACAGAUUGAUGUGAACAUACUAUGCAAAUCUAAUUUCGAUUGCACCAAUAACGCUGAAUGUAUUCAAAACCAAUGUUUCUGUCAAAAAGGCUUUACACCAAAAGGUGCGACUUGUUUGGAUAUAGAUGAAUGCGCCUCUGAACCAUGUGGACCUUUUGCAAGUUGCACAAACACCCUUGGAAGCUUCCAUUGUGAGUGUGAAAAUGGUUACGUGGGAGCUCCACCCAUGGUUCAGUGUAAGGCACCGUGUGAUGAUGUUAAAUGUGGCGAACACGCCUACUGUAAGCCAGAUCGUGACGAAGCCUAUUGCAUUUGCGAUGAUGGUUGGACUUACGAUCCACACAACAUAGCUGCAGGAUGUAUAGAUAUCGAUGAAUGUGACACGAUAAACGGACCUUCUGGUAGAUGUGGCAUCAACGCCACUUGCACUAACACCCCUGGCAGCUUCACUUGUUUAUGUCCUCCAGGAUUUUCUGGAAAUCCUCAAAGUCAAUGUCAUGACGUUAAUGAAUGUUUAUACACUGAUUCUUGUGGACUUGGUGCGAUUUGUAAAAACACUCAAGGGUCCUAUGAAUGUUCUUGUCCAGAAGGAACAGUUCCAGACCCUGAUCCCAAAACGAGAUGUAACGAAAUUGUCACUUGUGCAAAAGACUCUGAUUGUCCUGGAAAUUCGAUAUGUAAUUCCGAAAAAAGAUGUUUGUGUCCUGAACCAAACGUUGGAAAUGAUUGUAGACAUCCUUGUGAAACCAAAGUUUGCGGUACUAACGAACAAUGCACUCUGAUAAACCAAGAUGCCAAAUGUAUUUGCGAAGAUGGUUUUACUGGAACUUCGACAGGUUGUGUGGACAUCAAUGAGUGUGUUGAAAAUCCCUGUCCUUCGGGUGCAAUUUGUAAGAACGAACCUGGUUCUUUCUCUUGCCAAUGUCCUGGAGGCACCUCCGGUGAUCCGUACAGAACGGGAUGCACUAAAACUAGCACUUUGUUCGAUUGCUCUGACACUAAUCCUUGUCCAGCUGGGGAACAAUGUAUCAUUGAUGAAUUCGUUGGGGAAAGUGUAUGUAUAUGUGUCCAAGGUUACGUCAGGGACCACGAAACUGGAAAAUGUAGGGACAACGAUGAAUGUACCGAAUUCAGGGAUAAACCAGCUUGCGGUUUGAAUGCAGUAUGCAAAAAUCUUCCUGGAAGUUACGAGUGCCAUUGCGCACCAGGUUUCAACGGCAAUCCUUACCUGGAAUGCGUAGAAUGCAACAGCUCAGACUGCAGGUGUCAACCUCCUUAUAAGUUUAAUGAUGGCAAUUGCGUAUUAGCUGGAUGUGGAGCUGAUGGAUCUUGUCCAGAUGGCGCUGAAUGCAUAACUAUAACCGGUGGAGUAAGCUAUUGUGCAUGCCCGAAGGGUUUCAGAUCAGCUCUGGACGGAUCCUGUGUAGACAUCAACGAAUGCUCAGAACAACAACAAGUAUGCGGUUUUGGAGCUGAGUGUUUCAAUACCAGAGGUUCGUAUGAAUGUCACUGUCCAGAGGGAUACGGUGGAGACCCAUACAACGGCUUAUGUGCCCCAGCACAAAAGAAAUGCAGCAGCGACAACGAAUGUUUGGCUAAUGAACGUUGCGUACAACCAGGUGAAUGCGUUUGUCCACCACCCUUCUUCACCGAUCGUUCAGAUCAGAACCGAUGCAAAAGUCCAUGUGAACGUUUCCCUUGUGGAAUGAACUCCAAGUGCAUCGCAAGCGAUCCACCUAAAUGCAUGUGCGAACCAGGUUUUAGAGGAGAUCCUAUAGAAGGCUGUGUAGAUGUGGAUGAAUGCGAUGAAACACCUUGCGCUUACGGUGCACGCUGUCUCAACGAGAAAGGUAGCUUCAAAUGUGUAUGUCCUAAAGGGAUGACUGGGGAUCCAUACAAAGGUGGUUGUAUCCUUGAAAACGGAAUGAGUAAAGUCGAAUGCCAAAGGAAUAACGAUUGUGCUGAAACCUUGACGUGUGUGGAUAAUUCCUGCAUUAGCCCAUGUGCCAAAGCACGUUGCCCACAAAACGCCCAUUGUGAACCUGAAAACCAUGCAGCUAAAUGUAAAUGCAAACCAGGUUUCAAGAAAGGAAACAACGGUGGAUGUGUCUCGAUUUGUGAGGAUAUUUUAUGUGCACCAAGAGCUCAAUGUAUAGUAACAUUCCAUGGGCCGACCUGUAAGUGCCUGGAAGGAUUCAUGGGUAAUCCUUUCCCAGGUGGAGAGUGUGUUACAGACGUAUGUUCAAAUGUACAGACUUGCCAAGAACCAAAGGUCUGUAUAGGAGGUAGAUGCAAGGAAAGAUGUGAAGGUAUCAUUUGUGGAAUUGGCGCACAUUGCGAUUCUAAAACAAACAAAUGCGUCUGUAACCCCAAUUUCAUAGGAAAUCCCGACCUUAUAUGCAUGCCUCCCAUAAUAGCACCGGACUGUCAACCUAAUUGUGGAGAAAAUGCUCACUGCGAAUAUGGUACGUCGAACGUUUGCGUUUGUAACGAGGGCACAAGUGGUAAUCCUUACGAAUCUUGCAAGGAACUUCAGAGGAACGUUUGCAAUUCCAAAUCGUGCGGACCUAAUGCUGAAUGUAGAGAAAGCUAUAACAAAAUUGAAUGCGUGUGCUCUUUGGGAUUCACAGGCAAUCCAUACAUCGGUUGCGAAGACAUUAACGAAUGUGAUAAAAACGUUUGUGGUCAAAGUGCUGUUUGCCUGAACACAGUAGGAAGCUACGAUUGUCGCUGCAAAGAAGGCUAUGCUGGAAAUCCUUUCAUAAUGUGUUCAGAGGUUCAAGGAGGAGUUUGCAAAGAUGCGGACAACUGUGAUUGCAAUGAGAAUGUUCUAUGCCCGAAUGGAUACUCUUGCGAUAGAGGAGAAUGUAAAAAUAUUUGUGAAACGAUCAAUUGUGGCCCCAAAGCUGGUUGCAUCAAUGGAGUAUGUAUAUGCCCUCCAGGAUACAUAGGAAACCCGAACGACCUGAUCGCUGGUUGUAAAGUUCAGGGUCAGUGUCAUUCGGACCUUGAUUGUUACGACACUGAAAUAUGUUUCCAGUUGGGUAAAGGUACAAGAAAAUGUUUGGACGCCUGCAGUAAAGUGCACUGUGGACCAAAUGCGCUUUGUGUCUCAGAAAAUCAUCGAUCUUCCUGCAUAUGCACCUCAGGUUAUUUCGGAAAUCCGGGAGAUCUCAAUAUUGGUUGUCAACUGGAAGAAAGGACAAAUCAAAAACAAUGUCGAUCUGAUCGCGAUUGUUCAGAUGGAAAUAUUUGCGCCAUCAAUAUUGAUGGUCUCCAAAAGUGUAUCAGCCCAUGUGAGACAGUUGCUUGUGGAUUAAACGAGGUAUGUCAACUAGACGCAGCAAAACACGCAACUUGUACGUGUCAGCCUGAGUUUGUCUGGAACCCUGUGAAAUCUAUUUGUGAAAAACCAUCAGUACCUGAUUGCAACACAGACGUAGAUUGUGAACCUAUAGCUUCUUGCCAACCUGACGAAAUCGGUAUAUUGAAAUGUAUACCGGUGUGCUCACACUUCACUUGUCCUAACAACGCAGCUUGUAUAGCUGAAUCGCAUAGGGGACAAUGUCAUUGUUUGACAGGAUUCACAGGCAAUCCUAACGAUCGAAGUGGAUGUAAACCGAUAGACCAAAGUCAGUGUAACACCGAUAAUCAAUGUCAAGAACAGGAAGUGUGUAGGAAGCACGAAAAACACAAUGUACUCACUUGUAGACCUGCAUGUGACUUUGUAUCCUGUGGUCCAAAUGCCGUUUGUAUAGUGAACAAUCAUGUCGCAAAAUGUCAAUGCCCACCAGGAAGUUACGUUGGCAACCCUAACAAUGCUACUGGUUGCAGAUCAGUACCUUGUGUUUAUAAUCUGGACUGUCCACCCUCGCAACUUUGUAACAGACUGACACACACUUGCUAUGAUGUUUGUGAUGAAGAUUCUUGUGGAGAUAAUGCCGUUUGUAUUGCUGAAGGAGGCAAAGCAACAUGCCAGUGUCCACCUGGAUUCAGGCCCAAUCCAGUUGCAGAGAUAGAAUGUGCACCUUUAGAUACAUGCAAUCCAAAUCCAUGCCACGAAACGUCCAUUUGCGAGAGCAGCAGUUUCGGAUUUCAAUGCAAAUGUCCACCUGGCACAGUUGGUGAUCCAUUCACCUCUGGCUGUAGACCAGAAGGAUACUGUCCAAACGGAGAUCGAGAUUGUCCUAACCAGUCAGUAUGUUAUCAAGGACGUUGUAUCAAUCCAUGCGAAACCAUUGUCUGUCCUUCAAACGCUCAGUGUACUGUGGAAGAUCGACAGCCUGUCUGUACUUGCAUAAAUAGUUUCGUACCAUCACCAAAUGGAAAUCAAGACGGCUGCGUGAGACUUAUUUCAACUUGUUCUAAUGAUGCCGAUUGUGGAGGUGGAGUAUGCUUCAACCAACAAUGCAGAUCAGUAUGUAGAGACGACAAAAAUUGCCCACCCGGUGAGAAAUGUUUACAGAAUAAAUGUAUGUCGCCUUGCAACAGCCACAAUCAAUGUUCGGAGAAUAACGCGUGUAUAAACGGAAUGUGUGUGUUGGGCUGUAGAAGCAACAAGAACUGCCCAAGCACUCAAGCUUGCAUCAACAACAAAUGCUUGAAUCCUUGUGAAUUAGAAGGCACUUGCGGUCCAAAUGCAUACUGCUCAUGUCAGAAUCAUCAAACUAUUUGCAAAUGCCCUGAAGGUUUCAUCGGAAAUCCUACACCACAGCAAGGAUGCAUUCGACAAUCCCUUGUUUGCGAAAGUAACAUCAAUUGUCCGAAAGGAUUCCUUUGUUUCAACGGACAAUGUCAAAUAUCAUGCAAUGAUAAUUCAGUUUGCGCCAUAGGAGAAAGAUGCACUAAUAACUCAUGUGUUAAAGUGUGUUACGGUGACAACAACUGUAUACCUGGAGAAAUUUGCCACAAUGGGAUCUGUCUGGGUGGUUGCAGUAUUGAUUCAGACUGCAGAACAUCUGAAGUAUGCCUUAAGGGUCAAUGUAAAUGCGCGAAAGGGUUCAUUGCAACACCCAAUGGCUGCGUUGAUAUAAAUGAAUGCGAAGCUAAUCCAUGCCACUCUUCAGCUAAAUGCCAGAACAAACCUGGUUCAUACCUAUGCUCGUGUCCGGAGGGUAGUGUCGGUGAUCCGUAUAUAGCUCCGGGUUGCUUAUCACCCAACUAUUGUAGAAGGAAUACUGAAUGCAGCAAUAAUUUGAUAUGUAAGCAGAAUAAAUGCCAAGAUCCUUGCAAGGAUGAUAAGUGUGGUCCAAACGCUAUUUGUAAGGUCACAAAUCACAAACUGAAAUGCAGCUGUCCAUCUGGUCACCUUGGUGAUCCCUUCGAUAAAUCAUAUGGCUGCUUCAAAGUUGAAUGUUUGUUGGAUAAUGAUUGCGAUCCAACUAGGUUCUGUGAAACUAAGAGCAACAAGUGUCUGAAUCCUUGCAAUGAUGCCGCUUGUGGCAAAGGUACUUGUACUAUAGAGAAUCAUAAGGCGAUUUGUAAAUGUUUCGAGGGUUAUACAUUUAAAAAUGGAAAAUGUGUUGAUAUAAACGAAUGCUUGGAAUUUCAACCAUGUCACUCAUCUGCUAGCUGCAUUAAUGUUGAAGGAAGUUUCACCUGUGUUUGCGCUGAAGGUUUAGUUGGUGAUCCAUCUGGAGUAGGUUGCAAAAAACCAGGUGAAUGCAUCACAAACUCAGACUGUCCUUCUUCGGCUGUUUGCCUCGAAAAUAAAUGCAAGAACCCUUGCGAAAACCAAAAGGCUUGCGGUAAAAAUGCCGAAUGUAUUCCUGCAGGGCACGAAGCAGUUUGCAAAUGCCCACAAAAAACUAGGAUAGACCUUGAAGGAAAUUGCAUACCUAUUGAAUGCGAAAGCAAUUCUGAUUGUCCUCUAGACAAAACUUGCGUAGAAACAAAUUGUGCGAAUCCUUGUACUCUGUCGAAUGCUUGUGGUGUUAACUCAGACUGCACUCCAUCUAACCACGUCGGAAUUUGUAGUUGCAAAUCUGGAACAACCGGUGAUCCACACCUUGGAUGCGUGGAUAUCCAAUAUUGUGCUUCAGACAACCAAUGCGCUUCAGGGUCAAAAUGCAACAACGGUGUUUGUACAGAAAUCUGUACGUCAUCGAGAGACUGUUUAUCCGAACAACUUUGCAUCAAGGGUAUAUGCCAACCUACAUGCAAAUCGAAUACAACCUGUCCGGACUUCCAAUUUUGUCUGAAUAAUAUCUGUACUCAAGAGGUACGAUGUAGGGAGAGUGCUGACUGUUCCUACAACGAAAAAUGCUUCUCCAACAACUUGGGAAGAACUGACUGUGUGAACGCUUGCGAAGGUGUACUUUGCGGUAGAAAUGCUGAGUGCGUAUCCAAAAACCACAAAGCAACCUGCCAAUGUAAGUCAGGAUACAGAGGAAAUCCAAACGACGAUAAACAUGGCUGUAAAAAGGUUGAGUGCGAGAGAAACAACCAGUGUUCAAACGAUAAACUUUGCGACCAAUACAUGUGCAAGAUUGCUUGUUUGGUGCACAACCCUUGCGGUAAAAACGCAAUGUGUUCCGCUGAAAAUCACAAACAAGUAUGCUACUGUCAGCCUGGUUACACUGGAAAUGCACGUACGGGUUGUCACUUGAUCGAUUUCUGUGCAGAUCAACCUUGUGGACCUGGGUCUCUUUGUCAUAACUCCAGAGGUUCUUUCAAAUGUCAGUGUCCUCAUGGUUCAGUCGGGGAUCCAUACAAUGAAGGCUGCAAAGCUCCAGCUGAAUGCGAAAACAACAGAGAUUGCCCAAUUGCAGCUAAAUGUGACACUUCUUUAGGCACCGCCAAGUGUACUGAUGUAUGUGAAGACGUAUCGUGUGGACCUAACGCAGACUGUAUAUCAAUAGACCAUUCGGCGCACUGCACCUGUAAGAACGGAUAUCAAGGCAACCCCAACGAUGUUACUGUCGGAUGCAGACCAAAACCUGUGUCUUGUAAAUCCACAUUAGAAUGUCCAGCAAAUACAUAUUGCUACGGUGGCACUUGCAGACCAUACUGUCAAACUGAUAUGGAAUGCAGUCUGUUCGAAAAAUGCAUUCAAGCGCAGUGCUUGAAUCCUUGCGAAUUAACGAACGCUUGCGGAAUGAAUGCUAAAUGUUCAUCAGAUAACCACGAAAAACAGUGUCGAUGCCCAAAUGGUUUCACAGGAAACCCCAGUCAGGAAUGCUUCAGAUUACCGACGUCAUGCUCAUCGAGUGAAGACUGCCAAAAAGACCACGUAUGUCAAGAGAAUUCCUGCAUUCCACGUUGUGGGUCAGAUAACGAUUGCGCGUUCAAUGAGAAAUGCGUCAAAGGAAUAUGCAAGCUCACUUGUAGGGUAGAUAACGAUUGUUUCUUAGGGCACAUCUGUUUGAGCAAUAUUUGUUCGUAUGGUUGCCACAGUGACGAUGAUUGCUCUGGAAGUGAAUCAUGUAGGAACAAUAAAUGUACGAAUCCAUGCCUAGAAAAUCCGUGUGGUCCGAAUGCUUUAUGUACAGUUUCCAACCAUAGGGCAUCAUGCUCUUGUGGUGCCAAUUUCGUUCCAAAUCCCUCAGCUAAGAUAGGAUGUGUAAGGACUCCAGCUCCAAGCUGUAGAGAGAACAAAGAAUGCCCCGCUGGUAACAUAUGUCUGGAGAAAGUUUGCAGAACGGUCUGUUCCAACGAUCAAGGCUGCUUGAAUAAAGAACGCUGCGACACAUCAAGCAAAGUAUGCAAGCCUAUAUGUCGUAGGGAUGACGAUUGUAGAAACGGGGAGAUUUGUAACGGUUUGGUUUGCACAGUUGGUUGUAGAAGCGACAGUGGAUGUGAGCCAUACGAAAAAUGUAUGAGCAACAAAUGCACCAACCCUUGUGAUUCACCAACUUCAUGUGGAACCAACGCAAACUGUUCUGUUGUAAGUCACAGGAAAUUAUGCACAUGUCCUUCACCUCUCGUUGGCGAUCCUUUAGAGUCCUGCAGGAAUCCAAUCAAGAAUUGUAAAUCUGACGGGGAAUGUCCACAAAGGAAUGUAUGUUACGGCGGAACCUGCCAGAAAGUUUGCAGAACGGAUAAUAAUUGUCUCACAGAUGAGAAAUGCGUGAGGGGAAUUUGUAGAACCAUUUGUAACUCCGAUUCCUCAUGUGAUAAAAACCAAAUAUGUGAAAAUAGAUUAUGUAUGAUUGGGUGUAGAAGUGACUCAGUGUGUCCCAAAGAUCAAGCAUGUAUAAAUAACAAAUGUCAAGAUCCAUGCGAUGGAUUCACUUCAUGUGGAUCAUGCGCAGACUGCAAAGUUAAAAAUCACGUAGCACAAUGCAGUUGUCCCACCAACUUCUUCGGAAACCCUCUGAUAAAUUGUACCCAAGCAGCAAGAAGAUGUGAUGGUAGAUGCGAAUGCGAUGAAAUUGGAUAUUGCACGAAAUCCUGUCGAAAGGAGAAAGAUUGCGCAUGUGGGGAAGUUUGUACGCUUGGUAAAUGUAGAAACAAGUGUUCCAGCCAAUUGCAUUGCGCUCAAGGUCAGAAAUGUAUGGACGGGGUUUGUCUGCCGGGUUGUAGACUGAACAGCGAUUGUCCAAACAACGAAGUAUGCGAUAAUAAUAAGUGUAAGAACCCAUGCUCGCUGGAUAAUGCUUGCGGGCAGAAUGCCCUCUGCCAGUCUAGCGAACAUAGGAAGGUCUGUCUUUGUCCAGACGGUUAUCAGGGAGAUCCAAGCAUACUAUGUUUGCCAUACGAAUGUCAGAAGAACGAAGAUUGUGAAGCUAACAAAAGAUGUAGCUCGGAUGGAGCUUGCAGAAACCCAUGUUUAGAACAGGGGGCUUGUGGUGUGAAUGCUCAGUGUAGGGUUAAAGACAGGAAACCUUUGUGUUCUUGUCCUCCUGGUUAUGUUGGAAACGCACUGAUAGAAUGCAAACAACCCAGCAAUGACAAAUGUUUGAAAAACUCUUGUGGACCAAAUGCUAAAUGCCAAACCAUUGAAGACGGUUUCGUAUGCAACUGCGAAUCUAACUGCAUUGGCGAUCCCUACUCAGGUUGUGUGUGCGAAAAGCAACUGGUAGAACUAUGUAAAAAUAAGUUGUGUGGCUUGAGGGCACAAUGUAAGAUAGGCGACGAUAAGAGAGCUCAAUGUUACUGUCCAUCAAACUACCCAGCUGGUGAUCCUACAAUUGAAUGUUCAGAAAAAAGUGGAGCGGUAGAUUGUAGAACAGAAGGAUGUGGAAAUAAGGCAGAAUGUAUAAGGGAAGACGCAGUAUUUGUAUGUAGAUGUCUUCCAGGUUAUUCUGGACGUCCAGAGGUAGAAUGCCAGAGGGAAGCGGAGUGUAACACUGACUUAGAAUGUAGCAACGAGAAGGCGUGCAUCAACUUCCAGUGUAUUGAUCCUUGUACACUCAGAGGCGCAUGCGGAUUGAACGCCCUAUGCAAAACUAUAAUGCACAGGCCGAGGUGUUCCUGUCCAGAGUGUUACGUGGGAAUGGCGAAUACUCAGUGCAAUCCCGACCCGAAAUGUCUCGAGACACAUCCCAGACCGUCCGUCUCUAUAAUUUGUAAUUCAGAUAAAGAUUGUGCACAGAAUGUGACUUGUAACGUCGCUACCGGCGAAUGUAUAGACCCUUGCAGCAAUCCUUCCUUCAAAUGUAGGGGCAACAAAAAAUGCGAGGUGCACAACCAUCGACCGACUUGUGUUUGUAAGAACGGUUUCGUUGUCAACGAAAGAGGCGAGAUAUCUUGCGCCCCAGAGAAAACCGAAUGCUCGACAAACGACCAUUGCCCAUCGAAUAAGGCUUGCAUUGAAGGAAUUUGCCAAAACCCAUGUAACGCCGCUACGCCACCAUGCCCACCGGAAAAAGGCUGCGACGUUCUGAACCACAAACCUAUUUGCAUUUGCUUAAAGAAUUGCGUACCAACGCUGUCGAUUUGCCUAAGAGACAAUGGCUGCCCACGACAUCAAGCAUGUAGGGCAUUCAGAUGUGAAGAUCCAUGUGCGACAGCGAAUUGCCCGGAAAAUUCCCCUUGCACUGUUGAAGAUCAUAAACCAAUAUGCGAGUUUUGCCCUGAAGGAUUCGUAAGAGACUCGAAAUAUGGAUGCCUGAAAGCUACUGACGCAAAAAUUGGCAAUUGUACAUCAGACAAGGAUUGUGAACCAGCAGAAUUAUGUUACGACCAUAAAUGCACCACUUCAUGUACCGAAAACUGUGCAGAGAACGCCAUCUGUGAAAUCGAUAAACACAAAGUAAUUUGUACAUGUCCUACAGGUUUUGUGGGAAAUGCUUCAGUCGAAUGUUUCCCUGAAUUACCUUCCACUUCAGUCCCAAUUAUUCCCGAAACAUCUACUAUUCCCGAAACAUCAACUAUUCCUCACUCAACAAUCCAUACAACUGAAAAUAUUGAAAUCGUUUUUCCCAUAACAACAACACCUGAAACUGUAGCUACUGUAACUUCAGUAUCAUUAAAUGUAACAACGAAACAGACCACCUCCUCAUAUGAACAACAAGAAUUCACACAAACCUAUGAACUAACAACCGAAAAACACAUCAAUAGAACUACCCCAGCUACAGUCGAAAAAACAACACUAACAACUGAAGGUCCAACUAAUCUUGACGUUAUAACUCAAGGGAGUUAUAUUCAUAAAACAUUUCCGACUAACGGAUUGGAAAGUAGAACAGAGCCAAUGGAAGCGAUUGGAACUGGCAGCACCAACGAAACAGAAUUUCUAAAGUUGACGACUCCGUCAGUUAGUACUUACUCAUCCACGGGACAAACAGAGCUGACUAGUUCCGCUGGACUCACCACCGCAGAGUUUACCACUGCGUCAGUUACAUCACAGAGUACGUCUCCAGCAUCAGUUACUGAAAAUGGAGGCACUGCGGCUACCGAAUAUCCCGAAAUCACAACCUAUUCAUCUACGGGGCAAACAGAGCUGACUAGUCCCACAGGAAUCACUUCUGCAGAGUAUACCACUUCUUCGGUAACAUCACAAAGUACCUCUCAAAGAUCAGUCACUGAAACUAGAGGCACUGCGGCAACUGAAUAUCCGGAAGUCACUACCUACUCAUCCACGGGACAAACAGAGCUGACUAGUCCUACAGGAAUCACUUCUGCAGAGUAUACCACUUCUUCGGUAACAUCACAAAGUACCUCUCAAAGAUCAGUCACUGAAACUAGAGGCACUGCGGCAACUGAAUAUCCGGAAGUCACUACCUACUCAUCCACGGGACAAACAGAGCUGACUAGUCCUACAGGAAUCACGACCGCUGAGUAUACCACUGCGUCAGUUAUCUCACAGAGUACGUCUCCAGCAUCAGCAACUGAAACUGGAGGCACUACGGCUACCGAAUAUCCCGAAAUCACAACCUAUUCAUCCACGGGACAAACAGAGCUGACUAGUUCUACAGGAAUUACUUCCGCAGGGUAUACCACUUCUUCGGUAACAUCACAAAGUACCUCUCAAAGAUCAGUCACUGAAACUAGAGGCACUGCGGCAACUGAAUAUCCGGAAGUCACUACCUACUCAUCCACGGGACAAACAGAGCUGACUAGUCCUACAGGAAUCACGACCGCAGAGUAUACCACUGCGUCAGUUACCUCACAGAGUACGUCUCCAGCAUCAGCAACUAAAACUGGAGGCACUACGGCUACCGAAUAUCCCGAAAUCACAACCUAUUCAUCCACGGGACAAACAGAGCUGACUAGUCCUACAGGAAUCAUCACCGCAGAAUAUACCACUGCGUCAGUUACAUCACAGAGUCCAGUAUCAGUUACUGAAACUGGAGGCACUACGGCUACCGAAUAUCCCGAAAUCACAACCUUUGCAGCUACGGGGCAAACAAAGCUGACUAGUCCUACAGAAAUCACUUCUGCAGAGUAUACCACUUCUUCGGUAACAUCACAAAGUACCUCUCAAAGAUCAGUCACUGAAACAAGAGGCACUGCGGCAACUGAAUAUCCGGAAGUCACUACCUACUCAUCCACGGGACAAACAGAGCUGACUAGUCCUACAGGACUCACCACCGCAGAGUAUACCACUGCGUCAGUUACAUCACAGAGUACGUCUCCAGCAUCAGCAACUGAAACUGGAGGCACUACGGCUACCGAAUAUCCCAAAAUCACAACCUUUGCAGCUACGGGGCAAACAGAGCCGACUAGUCCUACAGGAAUCACUUCUGCAGAGUAUACCACUUCUUCGGUAACAUCACAAAUUACUUCUCAAAGAUCAGUCACUGAAACUAGAGGCACCGCGGCAACUGAAUAUCCGGAAGUCACUACCUACUCAUCCACGGGACAAACAGAGCUGACUAGUCCUACAGGAAUCACGACCGCAGAAUAUACCACUACAUCAGUUACAUCACAGAGUACUAGUCCAGCAUCAGCAACUGAAACUGGAGGCACUACGGCUACCAAAUAUCCCGAAAUCACAACCUAUUCAUCCACGGGACAAACAGAGCUGACUAGUCCUACAGGACUCACCACCGCAGAGUAUACCACUGCGUCAGUUACAUCACAGAGUACGUCUCCAGCAUCAGCAACUGAAACUGGAGGCACUACGGCUACCGAAUAUCCCAAAAUCACAACCUUUGCAGCUACGGGGCAAACAGAGCCGACUAGUCCUACAGGAAUCACUUCUGCAGAGUAUACCACUUCUUCGGUAACAUCACAAAUUGCUUCUCAAAGAUCAGUCACUGAAACUAGAGGCACCGCGGCAACUGAAUAUCCGGAAGUCACUACCUACUCAUCCACGGGACAAACAGAGCUGACUAGUCCUACAGGAAUCACGACCGCAGAAUAUACCACUACAUCAGUUACAUCACAAAGUACCUCUCAAAGAUCAGUCACUGAAACUAGAGGCACUGCGGCACCUGAAUAUCCGGGAGUCACUACCUACACAUCCACGGGACAAACAGAGCUGACUAGUCCUACAGAAAUCACGACCGCAGAGUAUACCACUGCAUCAGUUACAUCACAGAGUACGUCUCCAGCAUCAGCAACUGAAACUGGAGGCACUACGCCUACCGAAUAUCCCGAAAUCACAACCUAUUCAUCCACAGGACAAACAGAGCUGACUAGUCCUACAGGAAUCAUCACCGAAGAAUAUACAACUGCGUCAGUUACACCACAGAGUACGUCUCCAGUAUCAGUUACUGAAACUGGAGGCAAUACGGCUACCGAAUAUCCCGAAAUCACAACCUAUUCAUCCACAGGACAAACAGAGCUGACUAGUCCUACAGGAAUCAUCACCGCAGAAUAUACCACUGCAUCAGUUACAUCACAGAGUACGUCCCCAGUAUCAGUUAUUGAAACUGGAGGCACUACGGCUACCGAAUAUUCCAAAAUCACAACCUUUGCAGCUACGGGGCAAACAGAGCUGACUUCUUCGGUAACAUCACAAAGUACCUCUCAAAGAUCAGUCACUGAAACUAGAGGCACUGUGGCAACUGAAUAUCCGGAAGUCACUACCUACUCAUCCACGGAACAAACAGAAUUGACUAGUUCCUCUGGACUCACCACCGCAGAGUAUACCACUGCGUCAGUUAUAUCACAGAGUACGUCUCCAGCAUCAGUAACUGAAACUGGAGGCACUACGGCUACCGAAUAUCCCGAAAUCACAACCUAUUCAUCCACAGGACAAACCAAGCUGACAAGUCCAACAGGAAUCACUUCUGCAGAUUAUACCAUUUCUUCGGUAACAUCACAAAGUACCUCUCAAACUUCAGUUACUGAAACUAGAGGCACUGUGGCAACUGAAUAUCCGGAAGUCACUACCUACUCAUCCGCGGGACAAACCGAACUGACUAGUUCCGCUGGACUCACCACCGCAGAGUAUAACACUGCGUCAGUUACAGCACAGAGUACCUCUCCAACAUCAGUCACUGAAACUAGAGGCACUGUGGCAACUGAAUAUCCGGAAGUCACUACCUACCCAUCCACAAGACAAACAGAGCUGACUAGUUCCGCUGGAGCUACCACUGCAGAGUACACCACUGCGUCAGCAACAUCACAGAGUACGUCUCCAGCAUCAGUAACUGAAACUGGAGGGACUACGGCUACCGAAUAUCCCGAAAUCACAACCUAUUCAUCCACAGGACAAACCAAGCUGACAAGUCCAACAGGAAUCACUUCUGCAGAGUAUACCACUCCUUCGGUAACAUCACAAAGUACCUCUCAAAGAUCAGUCACUGAAACUAGAGGCACUGCGGCAACUGAAUAUCCGGAAGUCACUAUCUACUCAUCCACGGGACAAACAGAACUGACUAGUUCCGCUGGACUCACCACCGCAGAGUAUACCACUGCUUCAGUUACAGCACAGAGUACCUCUCCAACAUCAGUCACUGAAACUAGAGGCACUGUGGCAACUGAAUAUCCGGAAGUCACUACCUACUCAUCCACGGGACAAACAGAGCUGACUAGUUCCGCUGGACCCACCACCGCAGAGUAUACCACUGCGUCAGUAACAUCACAGAGUACGUCUCCAGCAUCAGUAACUGAAACUGGAGGCACUACGGCAACCGAAUAUCCCGAAAUCACAACCUAUUCAUCCACGGGGCAAACAGAGCUGACUAGUCCUACAGGAAUCACUUCCGCAGAGUAUACCACUUCUUCGGUAACAUCACAAAGUACCUCUCAAAGAUCAGUUACUGAAACUAGAGGCACUGUGGCAACUGAAUAUCCGGAAGUCACUACCUACUCAUCCACGGGACAAACAGAAUUGACUAGUUCCGCCGGACUCACCACCGCAGAGUUUACCACUGCGUCAGUUACAGCACAGAGUACCUCUCCAACAUCAGUCACUGAAACUAGAGGCACUGCGGCAACUGAAUAUCCAGAAGUCACUACCUAUUCAUCCACAGGACAAACAGAGCUGACUAGUUCCGCUGGACCCACCACCGCAGAGUAUACCACUGCGUCAGUUACAUCACAGAGUACGUCUCCAGUAUCAGUAACUGAAACUGGAGGCACUACGGCUACCGAAUAUCCCAAAAUCACAACCUUCGCAUCCACAGGGCAAACAGAGCUGACAAGUCCUACAGGAAUCACUUCUGCAGAGUAUACCACUUCUUCGGUAGCAUCACAAACUACCCCUCAAAGAUCAGUCACUGAAACUAGAGGCACUGCGGCAACUGAAUAUCCGGAAGUCACUACCUACUCAUCCACGGGACAAACAGAGCUGACUAGUCCUACAGGACUCACCACCGCAGAGUAUACCACUGCGUCAGUUACAUCACAUAGUACGUCUCCAGCAUCAGCAACUGAAACUGGAGGCACUACGCCUACCGAAUAUCCCGAAAUCACAACCUAUUCAUCCACAGGACAAACAGAGCUGACUAGUCCUACAGGAAUCACCACCGCAGAGUAUACCACUGCGUCAGUUACAUCACAGAGUACGUCUCCAACAUCAGUCACUGAAACUAGAGGCACUGCGGCAACUGAAUAUCCAGAAGUCACUACCUAUUCAUCCACAGGACAAACAGAGCUGACUAGUUCCGCUGGACCCACCACCGCAGAGUAUACCACUGCGUCAGUUACAGCACAGAGUACCUCUCCAACAUCAGUCACUGAAACUAGAGGCACUGCGGCAACUGAAUAUCCAGAAGUCACUACCUAUUCAUCCACAGGACAAACAGAGCUGACUAGUUCCGCUGGACCCACCACCGCAGAGUAUACCACUGCGUCAGUUACAUCACAGAGUACGUCUCCAGUAUCAGUAACUGAAACUGGAGGCACUACGGCUACCGAAUAUCCCAAAAUCACAACCUUCGCAUCCACAGGGCAAACAGAGCUGACAAGUCCUACAGGAAUCACUUCUGCAGAGUAUACCACUUCUUCGGUAGCAUCACAAACUACCCCUCAAAGAUCAGUCACUGAAACUAGAGGCACUGCGGCAACUGAAUAUCCGGAAGUCACUACCUACUCAUCCACGGGACAAACAGAGCUGACUAGUCCUACAGGACUCACCACCGCAGAGUAUACCACUGCGUCAGUUACAUCACAUAGUACGUCUCCAGCAUCAGCAACUGAAACUGGAGGCACUACGCCUACCGAAUAUCCCGAAAUCACAACCUAUUCAUCCACAGGACAAACAGAGCUGACUAGUCCUACAGGAAUCACCACCGCAGAGUAUACCACUGCGUCAGUUACAUCACAGAGUACGUCUCCGCUAUCAGUAACUGAAUCUGGAGGCACUACGGCUACCGAAUAUCCCAAAAUCACAACCUUUGCAUCUACGGGGCAAACAGAGCUGACUAGUCCUACAGGAAUCACUUCCGCAGAGUAUACCACUUCUUCAGUAACAUCACAAAGUACCUCUCAAAGAUCAGUCACCGAAACUAGAGGCACUGCGGAAACUGAAUUUCCGGAAGUCACUACCUACUCAUCCACGGGACAAACAGAGCUGACUAGUCCUACAGGAAUCACCACCGCAGAGUAUACCACCUCGUCAGUUACAUCACAGAGUACGUCUCCAGCAUCAGUUACUGAAACUGGGGGCACUAUGGCUACCGAAUAUCCCGAAAACACAACCUAUUCAUCCACAGGACAAACAGAGCUGACUAGUCCUAAAGGAAUCACCACCACAGAGUAUACCACUGCGUCAGUAAUAUCACAGAGUACGUCUUCAGCAUCAGUAACUGAAACUGGAGGCACUACGGCUACCGAAUAUCCCGAAAUCACAACCUAUUCAUCCACGGGGCAAACAGACCUGACAAGUCUUACAGGAAUCACUUCUGCAGAGUAUACCACUGCGUCAGUUGCAGCACAGAGUACCUCUCCAACAUCAGUCACUGAAACUAGAGGCACUGUGGCAACUGAAUAUCCAGAAGUCACUACCUAUUCAUCCACAGGACAAACAGAGCUGACUAGUUCCGCUGGACCCACCACCGCAGAGUAUACCACUGCGUCAGUUACAUCACAGAGUACGUCUCCAGUAUCAGUAACUGAAACUGGAGGCACUACGGCUACCGAAUAUCCCAAAAUCACAACCUUCGCAUCCACAGGGCAAACAGAGCUGACAAGUCCUACAGGAAUCACUUCUGCAGAGUAUACCACUUCUUCGGUAGCAUCACAAACUACCCCUCAAAGAUCAGUCACUGAAACUAGAGGCACUGCGGCAACUGAAUAUCCGGGACUCACUACCUACUCAUCCACGGGACAAACAGAACUGACUAGUUCCGCUGGACUCACCACCGCAGAGUAUACCACUGCGUCAGUUACAUCACAUAGUACGUCUCCAGCAUCAGCAACUGAAACUGGAGGCACUACGCCUACCGAAUAUCCCGAAAUCACAACCUAUUCAUCCACAGGACAAACAGAGCUGACUAGUCCUACAGGAAUCACCACCGCAGAGUAUACCACUGCGUCAGUUACAUCACAGAGUACGUCUCCGCUAUCAGUAACUGAAACUGGAGGCACUACGGCUACCGAAUAUCCCAAAAUCACAACCUUUGCAUCUACGGGGCAAACAGAGCUGACUAGUCCUACAGGAAUCACUUCCGCAGAGUAUACCACUUCUUCAGUAACAUCACAAAGUACCUCUCAAAGAUCAGUCACCGAAACUAGAGGCACUGCGGAAACUGAAUUUCCGGAAGUCACUACCUACUCAUCCACGGGACAAACAGAGCUGACUAGUCCUACAGGAAUCACCACCGCAGAGUAUACCACCUCGUCAGUUACAUCACAGAGUACGUCUCCAGCAUCAGUUACUGAAACUGGGGGCACUAUGGCUACCGAAUAUCCCGAAAACACAACCUAUUCAUCCACAGGACAAACAGAGCUGACUAGUCCUAAAGGAAUCACCACCACAGAGUAUAUCACUGCGUCAGUAAUAUCACAGAGUACGUCUUCAGCAUCAGUAACUGAAACUGGAGGCACUACGGCCACCGAAUAUCCCGAAAUCACAACCUAUUCAUACACGGGGCAAACAGACCUGACAAGUCUUACAGGAAUCACUUCUGCAGAGUAUACCACUGCGUCAGUUGCAGCACAGAGUACCUCUCCAACAUCAGUCACUGAAACUAGAGGAACUGUGGCAACUGAAUAUCCGGAAGUCACUACCUACUCAUCCACGGGACAAACAGAGCUGACUAGUCCUACAGGAAUCACCACCGCAGAGUAUACCACCUCGUCAGUUACAUCACAGAGUACGUCUCCAGCAUCAGUUACUGAAACUGGGGGCACUAUGGCUACCGAAUAUCCCGAAAACACAACCUAUGUAUCCACAGGACAAACAGAGCUGACUAGUCCUACAGGAAUCACCACCACAGAGUAUACCACUGCGUCAGUAAUAUCACAGAGUACGUCUUCAGCAUCAGUAACUGAAACUGGAGGCACUACGGCUACCGAAUAUCCCGAAAUCACAACCUAUUCAUCCACGGGGCAAACAGACCUGACAAGUCUUGCAGGAAUCACUUCUGCAGAGUAUACCACUGCGUCAGUUGCAGCACAGAGUACCUCUCCAACAUCAGUCACUGAAACUAGAGGCACUGUGGCAACUGAAUAUCCGGAAGUCACUACCUACUCAUCCACGGGACAAACAGAGCUGACUAGUUCCGCUGGACUCACCACCGCAGAGUAUACCACUGCUUCAGUAACAUCACAGAGUACGUCUCUAGCAUCAGUAACUCCAACUGAAGGCACUACGGCUACCGAAUAUCCCGAAAUCACAACCUUUGCAUCCACGGGGCAAACAGAGCUGACUAGUCCUACAGGAAUUACUACCGCAGAGUAUACCACUUUGUCGGCAACAUCACAAAGUACCUCUCAAAGAUCAGUCACUGAAACUAGAGGCACUGCGGCAACUGAAUAUCCGGAAGUCACUACCUACUCAUCCACGGGACAAACAGAGCUGACUAGUUCCGCUGGACUCACCACCGCAGAGUAUACCACUGCGUCAGUAACAUCACAGAGUACGUCUCCAGCAUCAGUAACUGCAACUGAAGGUACUACGGCUACUAAAUAUCCCGAAAUCACAACCUACUCAUCCACGGGGCAAACAGAGCUGACUAGUCCUACAGGAGUCACUACCGCAGAGUAUACCACUACUUUAGUAACAUCACAAAGUACCUCUCAAAGAUCAGUCACUGAAACUAGAGGCACUGCGGCAACUGAAUAUCCGGAUGUCACUGCCUAUUCAUCCACGGGACAAACAGAGCUGACUAGUUCCGCUGGACUCACCACUGCAGAGUAUACCACUGCGUCAAUAACAACACAAAGUACCUCUCCGAAAUCAGUCACUGAAACUGAAGGCACUGCGGCUACCGAAUAUCCCGAAAUUACAACCUAUUCAUCCACGGGACAAACAGAGCUGACUAGUUCAGAAAAAAUCUCAACCGCAGAGUAUACUGAAGGAACUACGAAAACUGAAUAUCCUGAAGUUACAUCAACUCAAACAGAGAUCACUAGUUCAGAAAUAGUUCCAAUUUCAGAGUUUACAUCUGCAAUACCUACUGUUCAAUCACAAUCGACACUUUUCUUCACUGAAGGAACGGCAGCAACCAGAAGACCUCUACCUGCAGAGCAAGUCACUCAGGAGAGGACUGAUAUACCCGCAACAGUAUCUCCUUACGAAACCACUACAUUCGAAGAAAUCGUUGCUACCACCGAAAACGAGACUGUUCAAGUAGUUUUUCCUUUCACGACGACAACAGAAAAAUUCGUUACAAUCACACCAUUACAUAUCACGGAAUCUACAGUACCUACGACUGAAAUGAAGCCAACCACCCUCAAACCAACCACACGGGAGUCAAAAAUGCAAACAGUCACCACAUCGGUUUACCCCUCUGUCGCUACAACUCCUCAGUUUGAAUACACAUCUUCUCCUGAAAACUGUACACUAGACGAUCAUUGCUCAUCUGCCGAAUCAUGCAUAGAUUAUCAAUGUAUCAAUUCAUGUAUCCCCAACCCUUGUCCAGCAAACUUCGACUGUCGCGUUAUCAACCACUCACCUCAAUGCAUUUGUUCGACCAACGAAACGAUAAAGGAAAUAACCGAAUGUCAAUCACCAGAAGAUAUUCAGUGCCGAUCGCAUUCUGAAUGCACGUCGCAGCAAGCAUGCAUUGGAGGAAAAUGUAAUAACCCAUGUUUAGUUUCAAAUCCCUGUCAAAAGUCACAAGAUUGUCAGGUACAGGACCAUCAGCCAGUUUGUGUGAAGGUUUGCCAAUGUAGAAAGCACUCUGACUGUGGUCGUGCUAACUAUGUCUGUGAUGGUUGCAACUGCGUUUUACACGAGGAACCUGGAAAAACUACAGGUUGUGAACAUUGUCCACCAGGAGUAGCAUGUGAUCCAACAACCGGAGCUUGUAUCAGAGUACGUUGCACUGUAAAUGAAGAGUGUCCCAUAACUGAGGCCUGCAUCAACUACUCAUGCCAAAGACCAUGUGAUGUCCGAAACCCUUGCGCCAACAACGCCAUAUGCAUAAAUACCAAUCAUGGAUCAGAUUGCAGCUGCGCUGAAGGAUACCAAGGAAAUGGUUAUGUUGGAUGUGUACCUGUUGCUGAUUACAAACCAGUUUGCCAAUACAACGAAGACUGCCCACCAAACAAGCUUUGCGAUCGCUUAAACAGGAUUUGUAUAAAUCCAUGUUUCGAAGACAGCUGUGGGGAUAAUGCCGAAUGUCUUCCGAAGGACCAUGGAACCGAAUGUAGAUGUCUACCAGGUUACGCCGGAAACCCUUUCAUCUCUUGCGAGAAGGUUUACGGUUGUAGGCAGGAUGAGGAUUGCAGUUCCAACGAAGCGUGCAUCAACGGUCAAUGUUCAUCUCCGUGUCAAUGUGGAACCAACGCUAUCUGCGAAGUUAUUUACCAUAGGGCCACUUGCAAAUGUCCUCCGGGAUACUUAGGUAACCCAGCUGCGGUAUGCCAACCUCCCAAAAAUCCCUGCGAUCCAAACCCUUGUGGAACCUUCGCUCUGUGCGAGCUAGAUAACGGUCAUCCGAUCUGUUAUUGUCCAAAAGGAUUAACGGGAAAUCCAUUCAAGAAUUGCGUGCCGGAAGGAGAUGAGUGUUCACCAAACCCUUGUGGACCGAAUUCAGGAUGUAGGGUAGUAGGUGGCAAAGCUGUUUGUUUCUGUCUACCAGAAUACGAGGGAACUCCUCCACAAAUACCAUGCGAUUUGCCAAAGAACCCAUGUGAUCCUUCACCAUGCGGACCAAACACCCAGUGUUCGAUACUUAGCAAUGGAUUCGCAAAAUGUACCUGCCUACCGGGAUAUCUGGAAAGUCCAAAUACUAUCAGAGGUUGUAUUGAACAAAAGAACCCAUGCGAACCCAACCCAUGCGGUGUUGGUGCUCAGUGCGAUCCAUUCAGGGAACCAGCAUGCUUCUGCCCGGUGGGGUUGGUAGGCAACCCUUUCAGAAGUUGCGGAGAACCUGUUAUUACCCCGAUGUUAUGUUCACCUGGACCUUGCGGACUCAACGCCGAUUGCUACGUCUCUAACAACCAAGAACAGUGUUAUUGUAAGCCAGGAUUCAUGGGAGAUCCUUACUAUGGAUGCAGAUUAGAACCACCGACUCCUUGUUCACCAAAUCCUUGCGGCCCAGGUGCUCAAUGUAUUGUAACACCAGAAGGAAACUCGUUGUGUAGAUGUCCAGAUAGUUUUGGAGGAGAUCCCACAGGUCCUGGUGGCUGUCAUGGAUACGAAUGUGUUGUGGAUGAAAAUUGCGGUGAACAUCAAGCUUGCAUGGGAUACAGAUGUAGAGAUCCAUGCCCGGGCGCUUGUGGAGUUAAUGCGGAUUGUAGAGUGGAAAAACAUCAUCCAGUUUGUACGUGUCGCCACGAGUACACAGGAAAUCCAGUGAUCAAUUGUUUCAAGGUACCAAUUAUAACAGAGAAUGAUCCGUGUAUGCCGAACCCAUGUGGAGUCAAUACCAUUUGUCAAAACGUCAGAGGACGUGCCGUAUGUACAUGUUUGCCUGAUUUCAAGGGAGAUCCACAGUUUGGUUGCCAACCAGAAUGUAUUCUCAACACAGAUUGUCCGAUGACUCAAGCUUGCUUGGAUAGACGUUGCAAAGAUCCUUGCCUCAGUGCUUUGUGCGGCGUUAACGCACAAUGUCAAGUGAGGGACCAUACAGCUUCUUGUGUUUGCUUGGACGGCUACAUGGGAGAUCCUCUUUAUCAGUGCGUGGCAACACCACCAAUUAAGAUACCAUCGACGAAUAUUAGCACUCCAUGCUCACCAUCGCCAUGUGGUUAUGACGUCGAAUGUAAUGCUUACGGUCCACAAGUAGCCAUUUGUGAUCCAUGUUUGAGACCAGAUGCAGCUUACAACCCACAAUGUAGACCAGAAUGUUUGACCAACUCAGAUUGUGCAUUCGAUAAAGCUUGUUUGGGAAACACAUGUCAAGAUCCAUGUUUAGGAUCGUGUGGAGUUCACGCAAUAUGUCACGUGGUAACACAUACUCCGAUAUGUACGUGCCCACCAGGUCUACAAGGAAAUCCAUUUGAACAUUGCACAGUACCGAUGAAACCCGAAGAUAGAACGGAAACUUGUGAUAGUUUCAUGUGUGGCGCCAACGCAAUAUGCACGCAAAAGAAUAAUGGAGUUACAUGCAAAUGCAGAAAAGGUUUCUUCGGAAACCCUUGGAUAUCAUGCCGACCAGAGUGUGUGAUAAACACAGACUGCAGUUUGAGCCAGGCUUGCAUUAACAACAAAUGCGUUGAUCCUUGCAAUGGAGUAUGUGGAGUUGGAGCUCGAUGUGAAGUUUCUAAUCAUAUUCCCAUAUGUAUAUGUCCUCCAGGUCAAGCUGGGGAUCCAUUUGUAUCUUGUCAUCCAUCUAAACCUAUACAACCUUCUGGGAAUCCGUGCGAUCCAUCACCAUGCGGUCCUUUCAGUAGAUGUUUACUUUCGCCACAAGGAUUUGCAACCUGCUCUUGCUUACCAAACUAUCUCGGCUCUCCACCAGCCUGCAAACCUGAAUGUAUUGCUACUUCAGAAUGCCCACAAACGAGGGCUUGCGUAAAUAGAAAAUGUGUCGAUCCUUGUAUUGGAGCUUGUGGAAAAGAUUCUGUGUGUAAUGUCAUCAAUCAUAAUCCAAUAUGCAGCUGUUCUCCAGGUCAACACGGAGAUCCAUUCGUAAAUUGUUACACACCAAGCCAGCCAGACAUACCAAGAACGAAUCCUUGUAUACCGUCACCGUGUGGACCAAAUUCAAUUUGUCAAGUGAAUAAAGAUAGGCCGGUUUGUUCAUGCGUGGCUGAUUACGUUGGUAGUCCACCCAAUUGCAGACCAGAGUGUGUGAUCAAUCAGGAAUGUCCGAGAGAUAAGGCUUGUGUGAAGGAGAAAUGCGUGAAUCCUUGCGUUAAUUCUUGUGGUAGAAAUGCAAAAUGUAACAUCGUGAACCACGUUCCUUUCUGUACCUGCUUGGAAGGAUACGAAGGAGACGCUUUUAUAGAAUGUUCGAGAAUUCCGAUGCCGAUGCCUAAGGAUCCAUGCAAUCCAUCACCGUGUGGUAUAAACGCUCAGUGUACAUCGAGUGACGGUGUGGCUAGAUGUAGUUGUAUUCCUCCAUACAUCGGAAAUCCGUAUGCUGGAGGAUGCAGACCAGAAUGUACCAUUGAUUCGGACUGUUCGAGCAAUUUGGCAUGCUUAGCACAGCACUGCAGAGAUCCUUGCCAAGGAAGAUGUGGAACCAACGCUGAAUGUUACGUAGUGAACCAUGUUCCGGUAUGUUCUUGUGCUAAAGGCUUCGUUGGAGAUCCAUUCACCUCUUGCAGGCCAGCACCACCUCCCAUUCCUGAAAAUCCAUGUGAGCCUUCUCCAUGCGGACCAAACAGCAUCUGCCAACCGAACCACAACAGGGCAAUCUGUUCAUGCCAACCAGACUUCUUCGGUAGUCCACCAAAUUGCAAACCAGAAUGUCUGCUCAGCUCAGAGUGUGCUCUGAACAAGGCAUGCAUCAAUCAGAAAUGUGUAGAUCCUUGCCCUGGUACCUGCGGAAGGAAUGCCAGAUGUCAAGUGAAGAAUCAUAAUCCUAUUUGCAGUUGUCCGCCUAAUUAUUUCGGAGAUCCAUUCGUUUUAUGUGAGAAAGAAACGAGAGAAGUACCACCAACGACGCCAUGUGUUCCAUCGCCUUGUGGUCCUAAUUCUGAGUGCCGCACUAGUCAAAACAGGGCAGUGUGCUCUUGUCUACCAGGAAUGUAUGGUGCUCCACCAAACUGUCGACCAGAAUGCGUCAUCAACCAGGACUGCCCUUCACACCUGGCUUGCCUGAACAACAAAUGUAAGGAUCCAUGCAUAGGCUCCUGUGGAUUCAACGCUCAGUGUAUAGUAAGGAACCACAAUCCAACUUGCAGCUGCAUAACUGGUUUCGAGGGUGAUCCAUUCUCUGGUUGCAAUCCAAUUCAAAUCUCGCCCGAACCAACUCACCCUUGCAAUCCCUCACCUUGUGGCCCGAAUGCCAUUUGCAAAGAACACAAUAACGUGGGAUCUUGUACAUGUCUACCGGAAUAUUUCGGUGACCCAUAUACUGGUUGCAGACCAGAGUGCCUAAUGAGUAGCGAUUGCGCACACAACCAAGCAUGUUUCAACAUGAAAUGUAAAGAUCCUUGUCCGGGAAGUUGUGGUUUGAACGCUGAAUGUAGCGUUAUAAACCACAAUCCACAGUGUUAUUGUCCCAACGGAUACACCGGAAACGCUCUGACCCUUUGCAGAAAAGUUGAACCUAUUGAAGAACCUAGAAGAAACCCUUGUAUACCAUCACCUUGUGGCCCGUACAGUAUUUGUCGUGUACAGAAUGACAGACCGGUUUGUUCUUGUGACGUUGGGUAUAUUGGAGCUCCCCCAGCAUGUAAACCCGAAUGUUUGAUUAGCGCUGAAUGUUCAAUGGAUAAAGCAUGUAAAAAUCAGAAAUGUAUAGAUCCUUGCCUUGGUACUUGUGGCUACAAUGCUCAUUGCAAAGUGAUUAUGCAUAAUCCUGUAUGUAGCUGCCCAUCUGGGUAUAUUGGAGAUCCAUUCAGUAGAUGUUAUUUGCGACCAAAAAUACCUGAUGUCGAACAAAAUCCAUGUAGUCCAUCGCCUUGCGGUUCAUUCUCUCAAUGCCGUGUACAGAAUAAGAGGCCUGUUUGUUCUUGCUUGCCGAACUAUUACGGUAGACCACCUAACUGUAGACCCGAAUGUACAGUAAGUUCCGAAUGUGACCCGAUGAGAGCAUGUCAAAAUCAAAAAUGCAUAGAUCCAUGCGUUGGUUCAUGCGGUAUCAAUACAGAAUGUGAGGCAAUAAAUCAUGUACCCGUCUGUUUCUGCCUUCCAUUGUUCACCGGGGAUCCUUUCGUUGGAUGUCAAGAAUUACCUCCACCAGUGGAAGAGGAAAGACAUCCUUGCAAUCCCUCACCUUGUGGUGCCAACGCAGUUUGUCGCGAACAAAAUGGAGUAGGUUCUUGUACAUGUUUACCGGAAUAUUUCGGCGAUCCAUACGCUGGUUGUAGGCCAGAAUGUGUAACGAAUAGCGAUUGUACGAUGGAUAAAGCAUGUUUCAAUAAUAAAUGUAGGGAUCCUUGCUCUGGAUCUUGUGGUCUGAACGCAGAAUGUAAGGUUUACAAUCAUGCUCCCAACUGCUAUUGCCUACCAGGAUACACAGGAAACGCAUUGGUCUCUUGUCACGUCAUACAACCUAUUGUGGAAGAAAGAGAUCCAUGCCAACCUUCACCAUGUGGGCCUUUCAGUGAAUGUAGAGUUGUAAAUGGGCAUGCCGUAUGCUCAUGCCAACGGAAUUAUAUCGGUGCACCGCCAGCAUGUAGACCAGAAUGUACAGUUAGUUCUGAAUGUUCCCAAGAUAAAGCAUGUAUUGGGCAAAAAUGUAGAGAUCCUUGUCCUGGAACUUGCAGUCCUAAUGCGAGAUGCAAAGUUAUUAAUCAUAACCCGAUAUGUAGUUGUCCGCCAAGUUACACGGGAGAUCCUUUCCAACUGUGCAUCGAAGAAAGAAAACCUUUACCAAUACCACCUAGCGAUGCAUGUUUACCAUCACCUUGCGGACCGAAUUCCCAAUGUAGGAACAUAAACGGUCGAGCCGUAUGUUCCUGUUUGCCUGACUUUGUUGGUCGUGCACCGAAUUGCAGACCUGAAUGUACCAUUAACACUGAAUGUCCUGGAAACUUGGCUUGUAUCAGGGAAAAAUGUAGAGAUCCUUGUCAAGGUUCUUGCGGUUCGAACAGCAAUUGCAGGGUGGUUCAACAUUCUCCAGUUUGCCAAUGCAACAUUGGUUUCACUGGAGAUCCAUUCGUGGGAUGUACUCAACAAACGAUAGUUGAGGAAGAGCCACAUCCUUGUAACCCAUCGCCUUGCGGCUCAAAUGCUGUUUGCACCGAGAGAAACGGCGUAGGAUCUUGUACGUGUUUGCCUGAGUACUUCGGGGAUCCUUACACAAGUUGUAAACCUGAAUGUGUGAUAAACAACGAUUGUCCUAGAGACAAAACAUGUGUUAACAUGAAAUGCAAAGAUCCUUGUCCAGGAACAUGCGGCUUGAACGCUGAUUGUAGGGUAUUCAAUCACGCCCCAAGUUGUUACUGUAUCGAUGGUUAUACUGGGAACCCAACCAUAGCAUGUCACAUCAUCCAACCUGUGGUUGAAGAGAAAGACCCAUGUCAACCAUCUCCUUGUGGCCCAUACAGUCAAUGUAGGGUUGUAAACGGACACGCAGUAUGUUCUUGCGAUACAAACUACGUAGGUUCCCCACCAAACUGUCGACCAGAAUGUAUGAUAAGCGCUGACUGUCCAAUGGAACUUGCAUGUAUAAACCAGAAAUGUCAAGAUCCUUGCAAAGGAACAUGUGGUAUAAAUGCAAGAUGCCAAGUUGUGAAUCACAAUCCGAUAUGUAGUUGUUCCCCUGGUUUCACCGGAGAUCCAUUCGUCAGAUGUCAACAGGAAGAGAGAAAACCAGCUCCUCCUGAAAAUGUAUGCGUUCCCUCACCAUGUGGACCAAAUGCCAGAUGUAGAGAAAUAGGAGAUAUACCAACAUGCUCUUGUCUAGCAGGUUAUAUUGGUAGACCACCGAAUUGUAGACCAGAAUGUACAAUAAAUGCGGAAUGUUCAAGUGCUUUAGCAUGUCAGAACGAAAAAUGCAUAGAUCCUUGUCCAGGGUCUUGUGGGAUAAAUGCUGAUUGUCAAGUGAUAAACCAUCGUUCCGUAUGUUCUUGUCGAGUAGGAUUCACCGGUGAUCCGUUUGGUGGAUGCUCACAAAUUCCAAUUGUACAACCUACUGAAGAACCGAGAAACCCAUGUAACCCAUCACCAUGCGGCGCUAAUGCUGUUUGCAAAGAAAGAAACGGAAUUGGGUCUUGUACAUGUUUGCCCGAAUAUUUUGGAGAUCCUUAUACCAGUUGUAGACCAGAAUGCGUGACCAAUACUGAUUGUCCCAGAAAUAAAGCAUGUGUUAACAAUAAAUGUAUAGAUCCUUGUCCUGGAACUUGCGGCUUGAACGCGGAGUGUAUUGUGAGCAAUCACGCUCCAGUAUGCAAUUGUUUCCCAGGGUAUACAGGAAAUCCCCAUACAUCCUGCCAUCUACCGCAACCUAUUGUGCAUGAUCAUGUAAAUCCUUGUCAACCAUCUCCAUGUGGACCUUACAGUGUUUGUAAGAUUGUAAAUGAACACGCUGUAUGCUCUUGUCAAGCCAAUUACAUAGGAUCCCCUCCUGCAUGUAGACCAGAAUGCAUGGUCAGCUCAGAAUGCCCACAAGACAAAGCAUGUAUAAAAAAUAAAUGUCAGGAUCCAUGCCUAGCCACAUGUGGAAUCAAUGCAAGAUGUAACACGAUAAAUCAUAACCCUAUAUGUACAUGUCCCUCAGGUUUUGUAGGGGAUCCAUUUGUCCAAUGUAUAAGGGAAAUAACAACUACUCCGAGACCUAGUGAAAACCCUUGUAUACCAUCGCCUUGUGGUCAGAAUUCUCAAUGUAGAAAUGUGGCGGGUCAAGCAGCAUGUUCUUGCUUGCCAAAUUACAUCGGGCGCGCACCAAAUUGUAGACCCGAAUGUACAAUAAACGAGGAAUGCCCAAAUAAUCUAGCAUGUCAGAAAGAGAAAUGCAUUGAUCCUUGUCCAGGGUCUUGUGGAUCUUUCACUAAUUGCAUUGUAGUGAAUCAUGCUCCAAACUGUCAAUGCCUAGCUGGUUUUACUGGUGAUCCAUUCACUGGUUGUUCCCAGAUUCCACCUUCUCCGACUACUGAAAGACCUAGAAAUCCAUGUGAUCCAUCACCAUGUGGUGCUAACGCUGUAUGCAAAGUACAGGGAACAGCAGGUUCUUGUACAUGUUUGAAUGAGUACACAGGAGAUCCUUAUACUGGUUGUAGACCAGAAUGUGUAACGAAUACAGAUUGCGAUAGAAGCAAGGCUUGCGUGAAUAAUAAGUGUAUAGAUCCAUGUCCAGGCACAUGCGGUAUCAAUGCUGAAUGUAGAGUUUUAAAUCAUGCUCCAUCUUGUACCUGUAUAGCAGGAUAUACUGGUGAACCUACACGACUUUGCUACGUUUUAAAACCGGAGAGGAAGCCAAAUUUCCCUUGCCAACCUUCACCAUGUGGGCCAUACAGUCAGUGUCGUGCUAUAAACGAUCAGGCUGUAUGCUCAUGUUCGCCAGGUUUCAUCGGAUCGCCUCCUAUGUGUAGACCUGAAUGCAUCAUAAGUUCAGAAUGCCCUCAAAAUCUCGCUUGUAAAAAUCAGAAAUGCAUUGACCCAUGCCCUGGUACUUGUGGAUUAAACGCCAAUUGUAGGGUCAUAAACCAUAAUCCUAUAUGUGGCUGUUUGCCAGGUUUCUCUGGGGAUCCUUUCACAAGCUGUUCUCGAAUACCUCAAACAACUCCUCCACCUAGACGAGUAGCAUGUGAACCUAGUCCCUGUGGACCAAACUCUCAAUGUAGAAUUGUUGGUGAUCAGCCUGCAUGUUCUUGUUUGCCAAAUUAUAUAGGUCGUCCACCAAACUGCAGACCUGAAUGCAUAAACGAUCUUGAAUGUCCGAAUCAUUUAGCAUGCAAAAACGAAAAAUGUAGAGAUCCAUGUCCUGGAUCUUGUGGAAAUAAUGCCCAAUGUACAGUUGUGAACCAUAAGACUGUAUGCUCUUGUUUACCUGGUUAUAUCGGAGAUCCUAUCAGUUCUUGUAGAAUUGCCCCUCCUCCAUCUACUGAGGGACCACCACCAUCACCUUGCUAUCCUUCACCUUGUGGACCAAACGCAGAAUGUAGAGAAAGAAACGGCGCUGGGGCUUGCUCCUGCGCUACUGGCUUUUUCGGAAACCCAUACGACAAAGACCGAGGUUGUCAUAGAGAAUGUGAAAGAAGCAAUGACUGUGCCCCACAGUUAGCUUGCGUCAAUUUCAAAUGCGUGGAUCCUUGCCCUGGCACUUGUGGAUUAUUGGCCCAGUGCAGUGUUACCAACCAUAUACCUACGUGUACAUGUUUGGAAGGAUUCACUGGCGAUCCGUUCUCGCAGUGCACAGAAAUAAGACGCAAACCGGAGCCGAUGCCACAAGAUCCUUGUCUGAGAUCACCAUGUGGACCUAACAGUCAGUGUAGAAAUGUCAACAGACAACCUGUUUGCUCUUGUUUGCCAAAUUACGUUGGAAGCCCACCAAACUGCAGGCCAGAAUGUGUAGUGAGCUCGGAGUGUACAGAGGAUAGAGCCUGUAUCAACAACAAAUGUGCUGACCCAUGUCCAAAUACUUGCGGAAUUGGGGCACAAUGUACCACGAAAUACCACAAUCCCAUAUGCGCAUGUCCUCCUGGUUACACAGGAGAUCCAUUCACUAGGUGUUCUCCGCAACCUGUUGAGGAGGAGCAAACAGAGAGACCUCCAUCUUGCCAACCAUCACCAUGUGGUCCAAACUCUCAAUGCAGGAUGAUAGGAGGAAACCCAUCCUGCUCUUGUUUGCCGGAAUACAUCGGGAUGCCACCAAAUUGUCGCCCAGAGUGUGUUUUAAGCUCAGAAUGUACAAGUCAGUUGGCUUGUAUCAAACAGAAAUGUCGAGACCCUUGUCCAGGAUCGUGUGGUGUGAAUGCCAAAUGUACCAUACUGAACCACACUCCUAUUUGUACUUGCGAAGAUGGUUACGAAGGUGAUCCUUUCACCCUCUGCUCCAUCAAACCAGCCGUCACAGAACCACCACCAAGGAGCGAUCCAUGUAAUCCAUCACCAUGUGGACCAAACACAAGGUGCGACAAUGGAAUAUGCACGUGUCUGCCAGAAUAUCAAGGAAAUCCAUACGAAUCUUGUCGUCCAGAAUGUGUUUUGAGCGCUGAAUGUACAAGGGACAAGGCUUGUAUCAGGAACAAAUGUGUAGAUCCUUGCCCAGGUGUGUGCGGACAGAAUGCCAGAUGCGAUGUUAUCAACCAUAUUCCAACAUGCUCGUGUCCAGAUGGUCUGGCUGGAGAUCCAUUCACGUUGUGUAGAUCAGCUCCGAAACCACCAGAAAGGAGAGAUCCUUGCAAUCCUUCGCCAUGUGGACCUAACAGUCAAUGUAGAAACAUCAACAAUAACGCUGUUUGUUCAUGUAUUUCCGGAUAUUUUGGAGCUCCACCAAACUGCAAACCAGAGUGUAUUGUCAGCGCAGAAUGCGCGCCAACCAGAGCCUGUAUCAAUCAGAAAUGUAUAGAUCCUUGUCUAGGGUCAUGCGGUAUUGGCGCUAGGUGUGAAGUGAUCAACCACAGCCCUAUAUGUAGUUGUCCCGAAGGACAGACUGGAGAUCCUUUCACUUCAUGCAGAGAAAUCAGAAUUUCUCCCACUCCACCACCGGUCGUCAAUCCAUGCGAUCCAUCUCCAUGUGGACCAAACUCAUUAUGUAGGGUGGUAGGUGAUCAAGCAUCUUGCACUUGUGUCCAGGGUUACGUUGGAAAUCCACCUAGCUGCCGACCUGAAUGCAUAAUCAAUCCUGACUGUCAGGCAAACUUCGCUUGCGUCAACAACAAAUGUAUAGAUCCAUGCCCAGGAAGCUGUGGAGAAAACACAGUAUGUAAAGUUAUAGGCCAUACAGUAUCAUGCUCUUGCUCACCAGGAUACACUGGCAAUCCGUUUGUACAGUGUGUCGUUCAAGCUAAAGACGAAAAAAUAAACCCUUGCGAACCGUCCCCGUGUGGAACGAACGCUGAAUGUAAACAACAGAACGGAGUGGGGUCUUGCAGCUGUAUUCAGGGUUACCAAGGAAAUCCAUACGAGAGUUGUAAGCCGGAGUGUGUAUUGAGUUCCGAUUGUCCAACGAAUAAGGCUUGCAACAGGAAUAAAUGCGUGGAUCCAUGCCCAGGUGUAUGUGGAGUAAACGCUGAGUGUGCUGUAGUAAACCAUAUUCCAACAUGUACAUGCGCUACAGGAUUCGAAGGAGAUCCAUUCACGGAAUGCCGAGUACCACCACCACUACCUACUUCCCCUACAGUAUUCGAUCCUUGUCAACCGUCGCCAUGUGGACCAAACAGCCAGUGUAGGAACGUGAACGGACAAGGAGUAUGCUCCUGCCUGCCAGAAUUCUCAGGAUCACCACCGAAUUGCAAACCAGAGUGUGUAGUCAGUUCUGAGUGUUCACCGAAUCAAGCGUGCCAUAAUUUCAAAUGUGCCAAUCCGUGUGCUGGCUCUUGCGGCUUAGGAGCCAGGUGCGAAGUUAUAAAUCACAAUCCGAUUUGUAGUUGUCCAACUGGUUUCACUGGUGAUCCGUUUGUUAGAUGCCGAGAAAUACCGCCAGAACCUAAACCCAGACCAAAUCUGAAUCCAUGUGUGCCAUCGCCCUGCGGGCCAAAUUCUGAAUGUAGAGUGAUCGGAGAACAGGCUUCAUGCUCUUGUUUGGCCAACUAUCAAGGACCGCCACCAAACUGUAGGCCGGAAUGCAUCGUGAAUACAGACUGCCCCUCAACGAAGGCAUGUAUAAGCGAAAAAUGCCGAGACCCCUGCGUUGGAUCUUGCGGUUUCAACGCAGAGUGCAGAGUUCAGAACCACAUCCCGAUAUGUACUUGCGUCGAAGGUUUCGUCGGGGAUCCUUUCACCCAAUGCCAACCUAAGAGGGUUGAACCGGUUGUGCCGGAAGAUCCUUGCUCUCCAAACCCUUGUGGGCCAAACGCUCAAUGCGACAAUGGGUUAUGUUCGUGUUUGCCGCUUUAUAAUGGGGAUCCGUACAGGGGAUGUAGACCUGAGUGUACGAUGAACACCGACUGUUCGCCGAACAAGGCUUGCAGCAACUCCAGAUGUAUUGAUCCUUGCCCUGGAGCCUGCGGACAAAACGCUGACUGCUCUGUCAUCAACCAUAUACCAACUUGUAGCUGUCCAGCUGGAUACGAAGGAGAUCCGUUUACUGCUUGCAGGAUUGCUGUACCAGUUGUGACUAGAAACCCUUGCGAACCAUCACCGUGUGGACCGAACAGUCUCUGCAGAGUGAACAACGAUGUAGCAGUCUGUUCGUGUCAGCCAGGAUUGAUAGGAAGUCCACCAUCUUGCAGGCCAGAAUGUGUUGUAAGCGCGGAAUGUCCACUUCAACAAGCCUGCUUGAACAACAAAUGCAUCGACCCUUGUCCUGGAACAUGCGGCAUCAACGCCAAAUGUCAAGUGGUCAAUCACAAUCCAAUUUGUAGCUGUCCAAAUGACCUCACCGGAGAUCCGUUUUCUAGAUGCUACCCAAGGCCAGUCGAACCGCAGCCGCCGAUAAACCCCUGUCUGCCGUCGCCGUGCGGUCCUAACGCCGUCUGUCAAGUGCGCGGUGACAGUCCGGCAUGUUCUUGUCUCGAGAAUUACGUCGGUUUGCCGCCCAACUGCCGUCCGGAGUGUACCAUCAACCCGGAGUGUCCCAGCGACCGUUCGUGCAUAAAUCAAAAGUGUCGAGACCCUUGUGCGGGCAGUUGCGGUUUGAACGCGGUGUGUAACGUCGUUAACCACAACCCGGUGUGCGCGUGCGUGCAAGGUUACACCGGAGAUCCGUUCAGAGGCUGUUCCGUCCAACCUGUUCUGGUUGCGCACGAUGAACAACUGAACCCUUGCGUACCAUCCCCGUGCGGUAUAAACGCAAUAUGCAAAGAGAGGAAUGGUGCUGGUUCAUGCAGCUGCCUACCAGAAUACGUUGGGAAUCCGUACGAAGGAUGUAGACCAGAAUGUAUCUACAGUUCCGAUUGCCCGUCUAAUAAGGCUUGCACGAGAAACAAAUGUCAGGAUCCGUGUCCAGGCAGUUGUGGUAGCAACGCGUUGUGCCAAGUUAUAAACCACUCUCCAACCUGUACCUGUUUACCAGGGCAUACAGGCAACCCUAUGUCAUACUGUAACCCUUCACCAUCCUUCGAACCUGUAAGAGACGAAACAAAACCAUGCCAACCAUCGCCAUGCGGACCAAACAGUCAAUGCAAAGAAUACAAUGAUCAAGCUGUAUGUUCUUGCUUAUCCAGUUUCCUAGGUAGUCCUCCUAACUGUAGACCAGAAUGUAUGGUCAGUUCGGAGUGUCCGUUGAACAGGGCUUGUUUGAACAACAAAUGUGUAGAUCCUUGUCUGGGAACAUGCGGAAUCAACACAAAUUGUCAAGUCAUCAACCACAGUCCAAUUUGUAGUUGUAGGUCUGGCUUUUCUGGUGAUCCAUUCACACGAUGCGUACCCUUACCUUCACCUCCAUCAAUUGUCGAACCUGUGGUGACUAAUCCCUGUAUUCCAUCACCUUGUGGUCCCAACUCACAAUGUCGAGAGAUAGGAUCGACGCCAUCUUGUUCUUGUCUUCCAGAAUACAUAGGAAGUCCUCCGAAUUGUAGACCAGAAUGUUUGAUCAAUCAGGAAUGUCCCAGUACUCAGGCUUGUAUCCGCCAAAAAUGUAGAGAUCCUUGUUUGGGCGUUUGUGGAUCUGGUGCUUUAUGCCAAGUGAUAAAUCAUACACCAUCUUGCAUUUGUCCACAGGGUUUUGUAGGAGAUCCUUUCAGCGUCUGCUCAGCGAAGCCAAUAUUAACCGCACCUGUGGAAUCUGAUCCUUGUAAUCCUUCGCCUUGUGGUUCCAAUGCCUUGUGCAAUAAUGGACUCUGUACGUGUUUACCGGAAUAUCAAGGUGACCCUUAUAGGGGUUGCAGACCAGAGUGUAUACUGAACAAUGAAUGUCCUAGAAAUAAGGCUUGCGUAAGGUCCAAAUGCAUUGACCCUUGUCCAGGAACGUGCGCUUCAAAUGCGAUUUGUGAGGUUAUAAAUCAUAUCCCAAUGUGUAGUUGUCCAUCUGGAUAUGCAGGAAACGCUUUCAUGUUUUGCAACGUUAUACAAAAACCAGUUAACAUAAAUCCUUGCUCGCCUUCACCAUGCGGUCCAAACAGCCAAUGUAGAACCAUAAACGAGCAAGCUAUUUGUUCUUGUAUACCAGGUUUCAUUGGUUCACCGCCUACAUGUAGACCAGAAUGUGUGCAGAGUUCGGAAUGUUCAAUGAACGAAGCUUGCGUGAACCAGAAGUGCGUGAAUCCUUGUCUUGGAGCUUGUGGUGUUAGAGCCGAAUGUCAGGUUGUGAACCACAACCCAAUAUGCACGUGUCCUUUGUCGUUCAUUGGAGAUCCUUUCGUUCGUUGUAUUCCAAAACCUGCAGAUGAACAGCCAGUGCUGAAUGUUUGUGAGCCAUCUCCCUGUGGGGCUAAUUCGCAGUGCAGAGAGAUAAAUAAUUUCCCCUCAUGUUCUUGUCUUCCUGGGUUCAGAGGCACUCCACCUAAUUGUAGACCAGAAUGUAUUAGUAACAACGAAUGCGCCAAUCAUUUGGCAUGCAUAGACACCAAGUGCAAAGAUCCUUGCCCUGGAAUAUGUGGUCAAAAUGCUGAAUGCCGCGUGAUAAGUCACGCGCCAAAUUGCGUCUGUUUGCCUGGUUACGAAGGAGAUCCUUUCAGUAACUGCAUAUUCAAAAUCAAACAACCUUUGAUCCAGGAAACGAUAACUCCAUGUUCACCUUCACCUUGUGGUGUUAACGCCGUCUGCAAGGAAAGGAAUAACGCUGGAUCUUGCACUUGCCUACCUGAAUAUAUUGGUAAUCCAUACGAAGGUUGCAGACCGGAGUGUUCGUUGAAUUCCGAUUGUCCACUGAACAAAGCAUGCUUGAGAAACAAGUGCAUCGAUCCAUGUCCUGGAACUUGCGGUCAGAACGCUGACUGUCAGACUGUAAAUCAUAUCCCUUCGUGUACUUGUCGACCUAACUAUCAAGGAAACCCAUUCUUGAUUUGUCAUCCUGCGCAAGCGGUAACAACAGAAGUUGAAGUCAAGAAUCCUUGUCAACCUUCCCCUUGUGGUCCGAACAGUCAAUGCCGAGAAGUAAACACGCAAGCGGUAUGCUCUUGUUUGCCCGAUUUCAUUGGUAGUCCACCAGGUUGUCGACCUGAAUGCGUGAUGAGUCAAGAAUGUCCGAUGAAUGAAGCUUGUGUAAAUCAGAAAUGUGUAGACCCUUGUCCUGGAACAUGCGGUUUGAAUACCCAAUGUCAUGUAAUCAAACACAGUCCCAUCUGUAGUUGCUUGAAUGGUUUCACUGGGGAUCCAUUCACUAGAUGUUUCUCAGUACCACCAAUGAAAGACGAGCCCAUUGCUGUUGUAACGAACCCAUGUGUGCCAUCACCUUGUGGUGCAUAUUCAGAAUGCCGUGACGUAGGUGGACAACCGUCAUGUAUAUGUUUGCCAAACUAUAUCGGAAGCCCACCAAAUUGUAAACCAGAAUGUGUCGUCAACUCUGAAUGCCCAAGUAACCUGGCUUGUAUACGUCAAAAAUGUUCAAACCCUUGUUUAGGCGCUUGUGGUUCAACAGCUCGAUGUAACGUUAUAAAUCAUACCCCAAUAUGUUCUUGUGAGGAAGGUUUCACUGGAAAUCCUUUCGAUUUUUGUAGACCAGCUCCUCCACCAGCACCCGUAGAAACACCAGACCCCUGUAAUCCAAGCCCAUGUGGCCCGAAUGCCCAGUGCAAUAAUGGUAUUUGCACUUGUUUAUUGGAAUUCCAAGGUGAUCCUUACGCAGGAUGUAGACCAGAGUGUGUUUUGAACAACGAUUGCACAAGAAAUCUUGCUUGCGUGAGGAAUAAAUGCGUUGAUCCUUGCAUAGGAACGUGUGGUCAAAAUGCUCAAUGUUCUACUGUGAACCAUAUUCCGAUGUGUACUUGUCUGGAAGGAUAUAUUGGAAAUGCUUUUGUGCUAUGUAAUAAAGCGCCAGUUCGUCCAAUAAAUCUCUGCUCUCCAUCCCCUUGCGGUCCAAAUAGCCAAUGCAGAGAAAUAAACAGUCAACCUGUUUGUUCAUGCGCUCCAGGAUUCAUAGGCUCACCCCCAACAUGCAGACCAGAGUGUAGUAGUAGCUCAGAGUGUCCUCUCAACGAGGCCUGCGUGAAUCAAAAAUGUGUAGAUCCAUGUGCUGGUACCUGUGGCUUGAGUGCUCUCUGUAACGUUGUAAAUCAUAAUCCCAUUUGUUCCUGUCCAACUCAAAUGAUUGGUGAUCCAUUCACGAGGUGUACACCAAAACCAUUGGAAGAACCCGUCGAAAUACAGAAAAAUCCUUGUCAACCAUCUCCAUGCGGUCCAAAUUCUCAGUGUCGAGAAAUAAAUGGGUCCCCAAGUUGUUCGUGCUUAGAAGGAUUUGUGGGAUCUCCACCUCUUUGCAAGCCAGAAUGUAUAAGCAACAGCGAAUGUCCGAAUAACCUUGCAUGUAUUAGACAAAAAUGUAGAGAUCCCUGUCAAGGUAUCUGUGGUCAAAACGCAGAGUGUCGAGUGGUAACCCAUACUCCUAAUUGCGUUUGUUUGUCUGGGUUCAACGGUGAUCCUUUCACCAGCUGUAUUAAGGAAGUAACACCUCAAGAAGUUCUGAAUCCUUGUAGCCCAUCUCCAUGUGGUCCUAACGCAGUAUGUUCACAUAGAAACAGGGCAGGAUCAUGUACUUGUAUUAGAGACUACAUAGGUAACCCUUACGAGGGUUGUAGACCAGAAUGUUCGAUUAAUUCAGAUUGUUCGUCAAACCUAGCGUGUGUUAACGGAAAGUGCAAAGAUCCCUGUCCCGGUUCUUGUGGACAAAAUGCAGUGUGCCAGGUUAUCAAUCAUUUGCCACAAUGUACCUGCUUCUCUGGAUACUCAGGAGAUCCUUUCAGAUUUUGCAGUGUCAUACAACCGGUCGAGGAAGAACCAACAAAUCCUUGUCAACCUAGUCCUUGCGGCCCCAAUAGUCAAUGCAGGGAAGUAAACGGACAAGCAGUCUGCUCCUGUUUGCCAGAAUUCACUGGAAGUCCACCUAGUUGUAGACCAGAGUGCGUUGUGAGUUCGGAAUGUCCCCUAAACAAAGCGUGUAGUCAACAAAAAUGUAUCGAUCCUUGUCCUGGUGUUUGUGGCCUCAAUUCGAAUUGCCAGGUUAUCAAGCACAGUCCAAUCUGUUCUUGUAAGGUUGGAUUCACCGGUGAUCCUUUCACUAGAUGUUACCAAAUUCCACCUCCCUCUGAUGAAUUUAAGCCUGUCGUCGUUUCUAAUCCUUGUCUACCGAGUCCAUGCGGACCUAAUGCAGAGUGUAGAGAUAUAGGUGGUUCGCCAUCUUGCUCGUGCUUGUCCAAUUUCAUGGGAUCACCACCAAACUGUCGACCAGAAUGUAGCAUACACUCGGAAUGUUCAAGUGAUCAGGCUUGUAUCAGGCAGAAAUGUAGGGAUCCAUGUCCAGGUUCUUGUGGAGCUGAGGCAAUUUGUAAAGUUUUAAAUCAUAUUCCAACUUGUAAUUGUCCGGAUGGUUAUGAAGGCGACCCAUUCAGAUAUUGCUCUCCAAAACCUCCGAAGCCUGUUCCAGUUGAGACUGACCCAUGUAAUCCUUCACCCUGUGGAUUCAACACUAAAUGCAACAAUGGUAUAUGCACCUGCUUGCCAGAAUACCAAGGAGAUCCUUAUCAGGGUUGUAGACCAGAAUGCGUAUUGAAUAACGAUUGUGCUUUCAAUAAGGCUUGCAUUAAAAAUAAAUGUGUCGAUCCUUGUCCUGGUACGUGCGGACAAAACGCUGAAUGUUCUGUCUUGAACCAUAUUCCAAUGUGUUAUUGCCUUCAAGGUUUAACAGGAAACGCCUUCAUCUCUUGCAAUGCAGUCUCUGAUGAAAUACCCAAGAAUCCUUGUAAUCCAUCUCCAUGUGGGCAAAACAGUCAAUGUAGAGAAAUCAAUGGACAGGCCGUUUGUUCUUGUAUUCCAGGUUACCUAGGCAAUCCUCCCACAUGCAGGCCUGAAUGUAUGAUCAGCUUAGAGUGUUCAUUAUCUCAGGCAUGCGUGAAUCAGAAAUGCAUCAACCCGUGCCUUGGAACUUGUGGUCUUAACGCUAAAUGUCAAGUCGUCAAUCACAAUCCGAUUUGUAGUUGUCCGCCUGAAUAUAUUGGAGAUCCGUUCACCAGAUGCACCCCAAAACGUAUGCAAUUAUCAUCAGUCAUCGAGGAUGAAUUCACUCAUACCAUUUUACUUUUAGCACCAACUCCAGUUGAAAUCCCUGUGAAUCCAUGUCAACCAUCACCGUGUGGACCAAACGCCAUUUGCAGAGAAAUAAAUAAAUCACCAUCUUGUUCAUGUCUGCCAGAAUUUUUGGGAUCACCACCAAACUGUAGACCUGAAUGUGUGACUAACAGUGAAUGCGCAAAUAGUUUAGCUUGUAUCAACAGAAAAUGUAAAGAUCCUUGCGUUGGAAUGUGUGGUCAGAAUGCUUAUUGUCGUACUGUAAACCACAUUCCGACUUGCAUGUGUAACUCUGGGUUCUACGGCGAUCCAUUCAUUCUCUGCAACGUUGAAAGAAAUAUCACACAGGAAAUUCUGAGCCCUUGUAAUCCAUCACCAUGCGGUUCCAAUGCUGUCUGUAAAGAGCAGAACAGAGCAGGUUCUUGUACUUGUUUAUCAGACUAUAUUGGCAACCCUUACGAAGGAUGCAGACCUGAAUGUACCCUAAACUCUGACUGUUCAUAUAACAAAGCUUGUAUUCGAAACAAAUGCAAGGAUCCUUGCCCUGGAACUUGCGGGCAAAACGCGCAAUGUCAAGUUGUAAAUCACCUUCCUAUGUGCACCUGCUUGCAAGGUUACACAGGAAACCCUUUCAGUUUCUGUAACUUACUACAACCCGUUGAAGACGAGGUUGAGCAAAAUCCUUGCCAACCAAAUCCUUGCGGACCUAACAGUCAAUGCCGUGAAAUAAAUGGUCAAGCAGUUUGCUCUUGUUUACCUAAUUUCUUCGGAUCACCAUCAGCUUGUAGGCCUGAAUGUACGGUUAGUUCAGAAUGUAGUCUGGACAAAGCCUGCGUCAAUAAUAAAUGCACUGAUCCAUGUGCAGGCAGCUGUGGAUUGAACAGCAAUUGCCAAGUUAUAAAUCACAGUCCUAUUUGUACUUGCAAAUCUGGAUAUACCGGAGAUCCAUUCACUAUUUGUAGGCCCAUACCACCAACUACAACAAUCAUAAAGCCUGUUGAGACGAACCCUUGUAUACCGUCACCAUGCGGUCCUAACUCCCAUUGUAGAAAUUCGAAUGGAUUCCCAUCAUGUUCAUGCCUGGAAAAUUUCCAAGGUGUUCCACCAAACUGUAGACCUGAAUGUAUCAUCAAUUCCGAAUGUCCAAGCAAUUUGGCGUGUAUAAGACAAAAAUGUAGAGAUCCUUGUGCUGGAUCUUGCGGUGCUGGCGCUGUUUGCAACGUCAUCAAUCAUACGCCAUCUUGUACUUGUCCCGAAGGAUACACAGGAGAUCCUUUCAAUUACUGUUCACUCAAACCCAAACCUAUAGAGCCAGUCAUUGUUGACAAAUGUAAUCCUUCCCCCUGUGGUCCUAAUACCCUGUGUAGAGAUGGUAUCUGCUCAUGUUUACCAGAAUACCACGGUGAUCCUCUACGAGGUUGUAGACCUGAAUGUGUGUUGAACAACGAUUGUCCAAGGAACAAAGCUUGUAUCAGGAAUAAAUGUGAAGAUCCUUGCCCUGGAACUUGCGGUCAAAACGCUGAAUGCUCCGUUAUCAACCAUAUUCCUAUGUGCACAUGUAUCACAGGUUAUCAAGGAAACGCUUUCGUUGCUUGUAAUCCCCAGCCAGUGCGACCACAAAAUCCAUGCAGUCCAUCUCCUUGUGGACCUAACAGCCAAUGUAGGGAAAUAAACGAACAGGCAGUUUGUUCUUGCGUGCCUGGUUUUAUAGGAAGUCCACCCACUUGCCGACCUGAAUGUGUCACUAGUGCUGAAUGUUCUUUGAAUGAAGCAUGUUCAAACCAGAAAUGUAUCAACCCAUGUCUGGGUACUUGCGGAAUUGGCGCCAAUUGCCAGGUGGUAAACCACAAUCCCAUCUGCUCGUGUCCAUCUUACAUGACUGGAGACCCGUUCGUAAGAUGUUUAAUAGUUGAGGACGAGCCCGUGGUUUCUACCAACCCUUGUCAGCCUUCGCCUUGUGGACCAAACGCCGAAUGUCGCGAAAUAAACGGAUCGCCAUCUUGUUCUUGUUUGGCCACGUUUAUUGGCGUGCCACCAAACUGCAAACCCGAAUGCGUUUCGAACAACGAAUGUCCUAACAACUUGGCCUGCGUAAAUCAGAAAUGCUCAGACCCUUGCCCUGGCAUCUGCGGCACAAACGCUGAAUGUAGGGUGGUCAGUCACACGCCUAACUGCGUUUGCGCGCAAGGUUUCGUUGGAAAUCCAUUCCUAAGUUGCCAGCUACCAUUACCGACGCCUGUAGAAGAAACGAGGCCAUGUAAUCCGUCGCCUUGCGGCUCAAACGCUAAAUGCACGGAGAGGAACAGAGCAGGAUCUUGUACUUGUCUACCAGAUUACAUCGGGAACCCCUACGAAGGAUGCAGGCCUGAAUGUGUAGUACAUUCUGACUGCGUUUCGAAUAAGGCAUGUAUGAACAACAAAUGUCAAGAUCCUUGUCCUGGUACCUGUGGACAGAACGCUCUAUGUUCAGUCGUGAAUCAUUCACCAUCUUGCACUUGUAUCGUUGGUUUCACAGGCGAUCCGUUCAGAUAUUGUAAUCCGCUUCCACCAGUAGCUGUCGAAGAUGAAAAACCAUCGAACCCAUGUCAGCCAAGUCCUUGCGGACCAAAUAGUCAAUGUAGGAACGUGAACGGUCAAGCAGUCUGCUCAUGCUCACCCAAUUUCAUUGGAAGCCCUCCAGGUUGUAGACCAGAAUGCGUGGUCAGCUUUGAAUGUCCUCAAAACCAAGCGUGCGUCAAUCAAAAAUGCGUCGACCCUUGUUUGGAUGGUCCAUGCGGACUCAAUACACGUUGUCAAGUAGUCAACCACAGUCCAAUUUGUACUUGUUCGGCAGGGUAUACAGGAAAUCCUUUCACAGUUUGUCAACUUAUACCACCACCUGAAGCUGAUACACCGGUUAUAACGAAUCCUUGUGUUCCAUCUCCAUGUGGACCAAAUAGUCAGUGUCGUGAAAUUGGAAACAGCCCGUCUUGUUCAUGUUUGUCUGGGUACCUAGGUUCCCCUCCACAGUGUAGGCCAGAAUGCGUUAUCAAUCAGGAAUGCGCUAGCAAUCUAGCUUGUAUACAACAGAAAUGUAGAGAUCCAUGUCCAGGUUCCUGUGGUUCAGGUGCCCAAUGCAGCGUUAUCAACCAUAACUCUAUAUGUACAUGUCCAGAAGGUUACACAGGAGAUUCCUUCACAUAUUGUACCUUGAAACCACCAACACCUGUGGUUGUCGAAUCAGAUCCCUGCAAUCCUAAUCCAUGUGGAUCAAAUGCAGAUUGCAACAACGGUAUAUGCACUUGCAUUGCUGAAUACCAAGGAGAUCCAUACAGAGGCUGCAGACCGGAAUGUAUAACUAGUUCUGAUUGUCCAAGGGACAAGACAUGUUCACGAAAUAAAUGUAUAGAUCCAUGCCCUGGAACGUGUGGACAAAACGCUCUAUGUACGGUUCAUGAGCAUAUACCGAUGUGUAGUUGCUUACAGGGAUAUUCUGGAAACGCUUUCGUUAUCUGUUCACCUAUACCAGCUCCAAUAAUUCAAAACCCAUGCUCUCCAUCGCCGUGUGGUCCGAACAGUCAAUGUAGGGAAAUAAACCAACAAGCAGUGUGUUCUUGUUUACCAAAUUAUAUGGGAAGCCCACCUACUUGUAGACCGGAAUGUGUCACGAGUUCAGAAUGUUUACUGACAAAAGCUUGUGUUAAUCAAAAAUGCAUAAACCCCUGUCCUGGAUCGUGCGGUUUGAACGCCAUUUGUGAAGUGGUAAAUCACAAUCCGAUAUGUAGUUGUCCACCUCAACACAGUGGUGAUCCUUUCUCGAGAUGCUUGCCUUUCCGUAAGUCUACUAUAUCAAAUUAUUCAAUCGAGAUUAGAUCGUGUUCCUUUUUAGAACCAGUUGAAGAUUCCCCUGCGACUCCUUGUCAACCUUCUCCGUGCGGACCAAAUGCUCAAUGCAGAGAAGUGAAUGGAAACCCUUCGUGUUCCUGUUUGCCAGAUUACACCGGUAGUCCUCCAAAUUGUAGACCAGAAUGUGUCAGCAACAAUGAAUGUCCAAAUCAUUUGGCUUGUUUGAACUUGAAGUGUAAAGACCCCUGUCCGAAUACUUGCGGUUCCAACGCUGAAUGUCGAGUAGUAAGUCAUACUCCGAACUGUGCUUGUCUUCCAGGACAUACAGGUGAUCCGUUCACGGCAUGUAGCAUUCAAGCGGCGAUCAUACAACAAGAAGAACUCUCACCUUGUCAGCCCAGUCCUUGUGGCGCGAAUGCUCAAUGUAGGGUUCAGAAUAGAGCAGGUUCUUGUACUUGUUUGAAGGAUUACAUCGGAAACCCGUAUGAAGGAUGCAGACCUGAAUGUACUCUCAACUCAGAUUGUGCACCUUCUAAAGCUUGCGUAAGGAAUAAAUGUAUAAACCCAUGCCCUGGAACUUGUGGAUUGAACGCGAUAUGCCACGUAGUCAAUCAUCUACCAUCGUGCACUUGCUUGCCUGGCUUUACAGGAAAUCCGUUCAGCAACUGCAACAACUUACCUCCACAACCUGUCUACGAUGAACCGAAAAACCCAUGCCAACCAUCACCUUGUGGUCCUAACAGUCAGUGCAGGGAAAUCAACGAACAAGCUGUUUGUUCUUGCCUGGUAUCCUUCGUAGGUUCACCACCAAACUGUAGACCAGAAUGUGUUACCAGCUCAGAAUGUACGCAUGACAAGGCGUGUUUGAAUCAGAAAUGUGUGAAUCCUUGUGAGACCAACUGUGGAUUGAAUGCUAAUUGUCAAGUGAUAAAUCAUUCUCCUAUUUGUUCUUGUCGCGCUGGAUACACUGGAGAUCCGUUCUUCAGAUGCGUUGAAAUCAUUCUGCCUUCAAUCAUCAACCCACCAGUGGUUCAAGAUCCUUGCUAUCCAUCUCCUUGUGGGGCAAACAGCCAAUGUAGAAAUAUAAACGGUAUGCCAUCUUGUUCCUGCCUAGAGAAUUAUUCAGGAACACCACCAAACUGCAGACCCGAAUGUUCAAUAAAUUCUGAGUGUCCAAGUAAUCUAGCAUGUAUAAGAGAAAAAUGCAGAGAUCCUUGUCCAGGUUCUUGCGGAAGCAAUGCUGUUUGCAAUGUUAUAAACCACACUCCUUCAUGCUCUUGUCUAGAAGGAUAUAUAGGAGAUCCUUUCAGUUAUUGUUCUUUGAAACCAGUACCUAGUAAGCCUACAAUAAAAAUUAAAUUGGACUGUUUUCAAUUCGUACAUUUUUUAGCUGAGCCUGCGAUUGUCGAUAAAUGUAACCCAUCACCGUGUGGUGCAAAUACCAAUUGCAAUGAAGGUGUUUGUUCGUGUCUACCAGAGUAUUUCGGUGACCCUUACAUAGGUUGCAGACCCGAAUGUGUUUUGAACAACGAUUGUCCAAGAGAUAAGGCUUGCAUUAGGAAUAAAUGUCAAAAUCCAUGUGUUGGAAUUUGUGGACAGAACGCGGAGUGCUCCGUUGUCAAUCACAUACCCAUUUGUACUUGUUUGCAAGGUUUCAUCGGCAACGCUUUCGUUGUUUGCAACCGCGAACAAGCCGUUGUUGCCACAAAUCCAUGUCGACCAUCACCUUGCGGACCAAACAGUCAAUGUCGAGAAAUCAAUGAACAAGCUGUUUGUUCUUGCGUGCCUGGUUUCAUAGGCAGUCCUCCUUCUUGUAGACCCGAAUGUGUGACCAGCAUGGAAUGCUCUCUUAACGAAGCCUGCGUCAAUCAAAAAUGUCUGGACCCGUGUCCAGGAACUUGUGGUUUGAACGCGUUAUGCAAAGUCGUGAAUCACAAUCCAAUAUGUAGUUGUCCAGGAGAUUAUAUCGGAAACCCUUUCAGUAGAUGUACACCAAAACCUUUGGAAGAGCCUGUAGAAUCGACUGACCCUUGUCAGCCUUCUCCUUGUGGACCAUACUCGCAAUGUAGAGAUAUCAAUGGAUCAUCAUCUUGUUCUUGUUUGGCUGAGUACAUCGGAGUACCUCCUAACUGUAAACCUGAAUGUAUAAGUAACAGCGAAUGUUCUCACAAUCUUGCUUGUAUCAACCAAAAGUGCAAAAACCCUUGUAUGAAUGCAUGUGGAACAAAUGCAGAAUGUCGAGUCAUUAGUCAUACCCCUAACUGUGUUUGUUUGCAAGGAUACAUAGGAAACCCAUUCGUUAACUGUGAACUUCCAAUUGCCCCAAUCGAAACUAUAACACCUUGUUCACCAUCACCUUGUGGGCCAAACGCAGUUUGCAAAGCGCAAAACAGAGCUGGUUCUUGCAUGUGCAUCGAAGGCUACAUAGGAAAUCCAUACGAGGGUUGUAGACCUGAAUGUGUUUUGAAUUCCGAUUGUCCAUCAAAUCUGGCAUGUAUCAAUAACAAAUGUAAAGAUCCUUGCCCAGGAACUUGUGCAACGAACGCUUUAUGCCAAAUUAUAAAUCAUCUUCCAACUUGUACUUGUAUCGAAGGUUUCACUGGAGAUCCAUUUAGAUAUUGUCAAACAAUACCUCCCCAACCUGUAGAAGACAUACCACAGAAUCCCUGUAGACCAAGCCCUUGUGGACCUAACAGUCAAUGCAAAGAGAGUAAUGGUCAAGCGAUAUGUUCGUGCUUGCCAGAUUAUAUCGGUAGUCCACCAAGUUGUCGACCUGAAUGUGUUGUGAGUUCUGAAUGUGCCCAGAAUAAGGCUUGUUCCAAUCAGAAAUGUGUGGAUCCAUGUCCUGGAACAUGCGGUCUAAACGCUGAUUGUCAAGUGAUAAAUCAUAGUCCCAUAUGUAGUUGCAAGAAUUCUUACACUGGAAAUCCAUUCACAACUUGUUACCUUAUGCCACAAAAACCAGUAACUGAACAGACAAAUCCAUGUCAACCAUCGCCGUGUGGUCCAAAUUCGCAAUGUAAAGAAAUCAACGGUUCGCCAUCUUGUUCUUGUCUCGCCGAAUACAUCGGCGUACCGCCCAAUUGUAGACCGGAAUGCGUCAGUAACAGCGAGUGUUCUAGCCAUUUGGCAUGCAUCAACCAGAAAUGCAAAGACCCUUGUCCUGGAAUUUGCGGACAAAAUGCGGAAUGUAGAGUUGUAAGCCAUACGCCAAACUGUGUAUGUUUGCCGCAAUACAUCGGUAACCCGUUUGUACAGUGCAACAUACCACCACCACAACAACCUGUUAAGGUAACACCCUGUGUCCCAUCACCAUGCGGCGCCAACGCCAUUUGCAAGGAACAAAAUAACGCUGGAUCUUGCACUUGCCUUCCCGAAUACAUUGGCAAUCCUUACGAAGGUUGUAGACCUGAGUGCGUACUUAAUUCUGAUUGUGCCUCCAACAAGGCGUGUGUUAGGAACAAGUGUAUAGAUCCUUGUCCAGGGACAUGCGGACAAUUCGCUCAAUGCCAAGUAAUAAAUCACCUACCAUCAUGUAAUUGUUUCGAAGGUUACACAGGAGAUCCAUUCAGAUACUGCAGUUUAACACCAGUUACACAACCGGUUGAAGAUGAGAGGAAUCCUUGCGAUCCAAAUCCAUGCGGUCCAAAUAGCCAAUGUAAAGAAGUAAACGGACAAGCGGUUUGCUCUUGUUUGAUAGAAUUCGUUGGAAGCCCACCCAAUUGUAGGCCGGAGUGUGUUGUAAGCUCAGAGUGUCCACAGCAUCAGGCUUGUAUCAAUAACAAAUGCUCCGAUCCUUGUCCUGGCAGCUGUGGUUUGAACGCCAAUUGUCAAGUUAUUAAUCACAGUCCUAUAUGCAGUUGUGUCCAAGGUCACACCGGUGAUCCAUUCAGCAGAUGUCUUCCACUACCUCCGCCUCCAGUUCCAACACCAAUUAUAAACCCUUGCGUGCCAUCUCCUUGUGGGCCAAACGCCCAAUGUCGGGAGAUAAAUGGAUCGCCAUCUUGUUCAUGUUUGCCAAAUUAUAUAGGUUCGCCACCAAAUUGUAGACCAGAGUGUGUAAUAAAUUCUGAAUGCCCCAGUAACAUGGCGUGCAUCAGGGAAAAAUGCAGAGAUCCUUGUCCUGGUUCUUGUGGAAAUGGAGCUAGUUGUAGCGUAGUUAAUCACACCCCAAUCUGCUCUUGUCCUGAAGGUUUCACAGGAGAUCCUUUCAGUUAUUGCAACUUAGCACCAAAGCCUACAAUUCCUACAACUGACCCCUGUUCACCCUCACCAUGUGGAGCAAAUGCUGAAUGUAAUAACGGUUUGUGUAGUUGCUAUCCAGAAUAUCAGGGUGACCCAUACCAAGGUUGUCGACCUGAAUGUGUACUAAACAACGAUUGCCCUAGAGAUAAGGCUUGUAUCAGAAACAAAUGUAAAGAUCCAUGUCCGGGAACGUGUGGCCAAAACGCUGAUUGCACUGUAAUAAAUCAUAUUCCAACGUGUUCAUGUAGACAAGGAUUUAUUGGAAACGCAUUUGUCUCGUGUUCGCCUGAGCCAGUUGAAACACCGCAAAACCCUUGUUCUCCUUCACCUUGUGGUCCUAACAGCCAAUGUAGGGAGAUAAACGGACAGGCUGUAUGUUCUUGCGUACCAGGUUUUAUCGGUAGUCCACCAACUUGCAGACCAGAAUGUGUAACAAGUUCUGAGUGUCCUUUGAAUCAAGCUUGCCUCAAUCAGAAAUGCAUUGAUCCUUGUCCUGGUACUUGUGGUCUCAAUGCCAUUUGUCAAGUAACGAACCAUAAUCCGAUUUGUAGUUGUCCACCGCGUAAUACUGGAGAUCCAUUCACAAGAUGUUUACCAAUAAUGGAAGAGCCCAUUGAAGUACCAACAAAUCCAUGUCAACCCUCGCCAUGUGGACCAAACUCACAGUGCAGAGAGAUCAAUGGAUCUCCAUCCUGUUCUUGUUUACCAAAUUUCAUCGGAACUCCGCCAAAUUGCAAGCCUGAAUGCGUUAGUAGCAGCGAGUGCUCUAGUCAUUUGGCUUGUAUCAAUCAAAAAUGUAAAGAUCCUUGUCCAGGUGUUUGUGGACAAAAUGCUGAAUGUAGAGUUGUCAGUCACACUCCUAACUGUGUUUGCCAACAAGGUUUUAUUGGAGAUCCAUUCACAAUAUGCAGUCCACAAACUCAACCUGCGGUACCUGUAACACCUUGCUUACCAAAUCCUUGUGGAAAUAAUGCCUUAUGUAAGGAGCAGAACAACGCAGGAUCUUGUACCUGCGUCCAAGGGUAUAUUGGUAAUCCUUAUGAAGGCUGUAGACCUGAAUGUAUAUUGAACUCUGAUUGUCCUUCGAAUAAGGCUUGUAUCAAUAGCAAAUGCGGUGAUCCUUGUCCUGGAACAUGCGGACAGAAUGCACAAUGUCAAGUCAUCAACCAUUUACCGUCAUGUACCUGUUUCGCUGGGUAUACAGGAGAUCCAUUCCGUUACUGUAAUUUAAUACCUCAACCGAUAUUGGAAGAACCGAUCAAUCCUUGUCAACCAAGUCCUUGUGGUCCGAAUAGUCAAUGCAGAGAAGUGAACGAUCAAGCCGUUUGUUCUUGUCUUCCAAAUUAUGUGGGAAGCCCACCAGGUUGUAGGCCAGAGUGUACAACUAGUUCGGAAUGUCCAUUACAUCAGUCUUGUAUUAAUCAAAAAUGCUCAGAUCCAUGCCUGGGUACCUGUGGUCUCAACACUAACUGUCAAGUGAUUAACCACAGUCCCAUUUGUUCAUGUUUGCCCGGAAAUACGGGAGAUCCGUUCACCAGAUGUUAUCCUUCGCCAAGUAAGCGCUUUUCUUCAAAUGAAUCUAUAGAAGGUAUUAAUUCUCAAUGUUCUUCAGCGCCACAACCUGUGCCAGAACCCAUUUUGAAUCCAUGUCAGCCAUCACCAUGCGGACCGAACAGCCAAUGUAGGGAUAUAGGGGGCAAUCCAUCUUGUUCUUGUCUACCAAGCUUCACUGGUAGCCCACCAAAUUGUCGACCAGAAUGUUCCAUCAACUCUGAAUGCUCCAGUAAUCAAGCUUGCAUUCGUAACAAAUGUAUGGAUCCAUGUCCUGGCUCAUGUGGAUUGAACGCCCAAUGUAAUGUCAUAAAUCAUACACCAAUCUGUACUUGCUUCGAAGGAUACGUAGGUGAUCCAUUCGUUGCUUGUCAAGUUAAGAAGGAAGAACCUAAACCGGUGAUUCAAGAUCCUUGCAAUCCUUCGCCAUGUGGUCCAAACGCAUUAUGUGAUCAUGGUGUAUGUAGUUGUAUACCGGAAUACGAAGGAGAUCCCUACAGAGGUUGUAGACCGGAAUGUGUACUCAACAGCGAUUGUCCCAGGGAUAAGGCUUGUAUAAGGAAUAAAUGUACGGAUCCUUGUCCAGGAACAUGUGGUCAAAACGCUCAAUGUUUGGUUGUCAACCACAUACCAACUUGCACUUGCAACAAUGGCUUCCAAGGGAAUGCAUUUAUUCUAUGUUCCCCAGUACCAGAACCUACAGUGACCCACCCAUGUCAACCUUCUCCAUGUGGCGCAAACAGUCAGUGCAGAGAAUUUAACGGUCAAGCUGUUUGUUCUUGCGUGCCAGGAUUCAUAGGAAGUCCACCAACUUGUAGGCCAGAAUGUGUGACAAGUUCAGAAUGCCCAUUGAACCAGGCUUGUGUUAAUCAAAAAUGCAUCGAUCCAUGUCCAGGAACAUGCGGUCUAAGUGCUAACUGCCAAGUUGUCAAUCACAAUCCAAUUUGCUCUUGCUCACCUGGAUUUAGUGGUGAUCCAUUCACACGUUGCGUUCCCAUAAGGGAUGAACCAAAGCCACCUGUCAAUCCUUGCCAGCCUUCACCAUGCGGUCCGAACUCUCAGUGUAGAGAAGUGGGAGAUGCGCCUUCUUGCUCUUGUUUGCCAGAAUUCAUAGGCACACCGCCAAAUUGUAAGCCAGAAUGCGUGAGUAACAGCGAAUGUCCAAACCACCUGGCUUGUAUUUCGCAAAAAUGUAAGGAUCCUUGUCCUGGAUCCUGCGGACAGAACGCGGAAUGCAAAGUCCUCAGUCACACCCCCAACUGUGUUUGUAUUACCGGAUAUGUUGGAAAUCCGUUUAUAAAUUGCCAACCGAAACAAGAAGAACCAGUAGUGGAAAAACCUACACCUUGCAUUCCAUCACCUUGCGGUACUAACGCAAUUUGCAGGGAAAAUAACGGAGCAGGAUCUUGCACUUGUUUACCAGACUUCAUAGGAAAUCCUUACGAAGGAUGCAGACCUGAGUGUGUACUCAAUUCCGAUUGUCCAUCUAACAAAGCUUGUAUAUCAGGGAAAUGUAAAGACCCUUGUCCUGGAACUUGCGGAGCAAAUGCAGAUUGUCAAGUUAUCAACCACUUACCAACAUGUACAUGUCGUCCUUCCUAUUCGGGAGAUCCGUUCAGAUUUUGUCAGUUGCAACAACCCGUUCAAGAGGAACCAACAAAUCCUUGCCAACCAAGUCCUUGCGGUCCAAACAGUCAAUGUCGUGAGGUAAAUGGACAGGCAGUUUGUUCUUGUUUGCCAGAAUAUAGCGGUAGUCCACCCAACUGCAGACCAGAAUGUGUUGUCAGUUCGGAAUGUGCAUCUGAUAAAGCUUGCAUAAAUCAAAAAUGUACCGAUCCUUGUCCAGGCACUUGUGGUCUGAACACAAACUGUCAGGUUAUCAAUCACAGUCCCAUUUGUAGUUGUGUGAAUGGACACACUGGAGAUCCAUUCACUAGAUGUUAUCCUUUACCACCUCCACCACAACCUGUACCACAACCAACCAUCAAUCCAUGUGUACCAUCACCUUGUGGUCCUUAUUCUCAAUGUAGGGAAUUAGGCAACUAUCCAGCUUGUUCCUGCGUGGAAGGGUAUAUUGGUAAUCCUCCCAAUUGUAGACCGGAAUGUAGUAUAAAUUCCGAGUGCCCAAGUAAUUUAGCUUGCAUCAGAGAGAAAUGUAGGGACCCAUGUCCUGGAUCAUGUGGUGCAAACGCCAUUUGCAACGUUAUCAAUCACACCCCUUCAUGUUCUUGCCCUGAAGGCUACACUGGAGAUUCUUUCACUUAUUGUACUCCAAAACCGAUCAUAACUGAACCUCAAAUCGUCGACAAGUGUAAUCCCUCACCGUGUGGCCAAAAUACAAUUUGUAACGAUGGUGUUUGUACAUGCUUGGCAGAAUAUCAGGGAAAUCCACUCAUUGGAUGUAGACCUGAAUGUGUACUGAACAACGAUUGCCCCAGAAACAAAGCAUGUUUGAGGAAUAAAUGUGUGGAUCCUUGCGUUGGUGUUUGUGGCCAAAACGCAGAGUGUGUCGUAAUAAACCAUAUCCCAACUUGUAACUGCUUACAAGGAUUCAUUGGAAACGCUUUCGUUCAAUGUAUUAGUGAACCAGUGAAAGAAGAGACCAACCCAUGUAGUCCAUCACCUUGUGGUCCAAACAGUCAGUGCAGAGAAAUCAACGGACAAGCCGUUUGUUCUUGUGUUGUAGGCUAUAUAGGAAGUCCACCAAAUUGUAGGCCUGAAUGUAUAACAAGUACAGAAUGUCCAUUGAACGAAGCUUGCGUGAACCAAAAAUGUAUAGAUCCAUGUCCUGGAACGUGUGGAUUUAAUGCUCUCUGUCAAGUCGUCAACCAUAAUCCUAUUUGCAGUUGUCCUCCAAACCAUUCUGGAGAUCCAUUCACUAGAUGUCUCCCAAUAAGGGAAGAACCAGUUGUUGAACCUACCAACCCAUGCGUACCAUCUCCUUGUGGUCCUAAUUCACAAUGUAGGGAUAUAAAUGGAUCGCCAUCUUGUUCUUGCCUUCCAGAAUUCAUCGGAACUUCUCCUAACUGCAGACCGGAAUGCGUCAGUAAUUCCGAAUGUUCAUAUAACUUGGCCUGCAUAAACCAGAAAUGUAAAGACCCUUGUCCAGGUAGCUGCGGUGUCAAUGCAGAGUGUCGUGUGGUUAGCCAUACGCCAAAUUGUUACUGCGUCCAAAAUUACGUUGGUAAUCCUUUCAUAAGAUGCGAAGAACCUAAAGCUCCCAAACCAAUGGACUCGGUCAAUCCUUGUUACCCCAAUCCAUGCGGGGCAAAUGCAAUUUGUAGGGAACAGAACAAUGCAGGGUCUUGUACUUGUAUUCAAGAUUACAUAGGAAAUCCUUAUGAAGGCUGUAGACCAGAAUGUGUUCUGAAUUCGGAUUGUUCAUCAAAUAAGGCUUGUAUUAGGAACAAAUGUGCGGAUCCUUGUCCUGGAACUUGCGGACAAAAUGCUGAAUGUCAAGUUAUAAACCAUCUACCUUCAUGUUCUUGCCUAUCCCGGUUCACUGGAGAUCCAUUCAGAUAUUGUACUUUGAUAGUCGAACCUGUAGUUGAACCACCAAGGAAUCCUUGUCAACCAAGUCCUUGCGGACCUAACAGCCAAUGUCGCGAAGUGAAUGGUCAAGCGGUUUGUUCAUGUUUACCGGAGUACAGUGGAAGUCCGCCAAGUUGUAGGCCAGAAUGUACAAGUAGUUCAGAAUGUCCUCUAAACCGGGCUUGUAUCAACCAAAAAUGUGCUGAUCCUUGUCCUGGCAGUUGCGGCCUGAACGCUGUUUGCGAAAUUGUGAAUCAUAGUCCGAUUUGUAGUUGUCAGGAGGGACAUACUGGUGAUCCAUUCAGUAGAUGUUACCCAUUACCUCCACCUCGACCAGAGCCACAACCGGUCUUGAACCCUUGCGAACCAUCACCUUGCGGACCUUAUUCCAUAUGUCAAGACAUAAACGGUUCUCCAUCAUGUGCCUGUUUGCAAAAUUACAUUGGUAGUCCACCAAACUGCAGACCUGAAUGUACGAUAAAUGCUGAAUGUCCAAGUAACUUGGCUUGUAUGAGAGAAAAAUGUAGGGAUCCUUGUCCUGGUUCUUGUGGAUCAAAUGCUCGUUGUAACGUUGUCAAUCACACACCUAUCUGUUCAUGUCUUGAAGGCUAUAGCGGUGAUCCGUUCAGUUUUUGUUCAAUAAGACCUACUCCAAGUACGUAUAAUCCCAUUUUGUCAUCGAAAUCCUUUACCGAGCAAACAUAUAUUUUAGCGCCAGUCAAAGAUGAUCCUUGCAAUCCAUCACCUUGCGGUCCAAAUGCUCAAUGCAACAAUGGCCAAUGUACAUGCCUCCCCGAAUAUCAGGGUGACCCAUAUAGAGGAUGUAGACCUGAAUGUGUCCUAAACAAUGACUGUCCUCGAAACAAGGCAUGUUCAAGGAAUAAAUGUGUAGAUCCUUGUCCUGGAACUUGCGGCCAAAACGCGGAAUGUACCGUGAUAAACCAUAUAGCCACUUGCAGCUGCAUACAAGGAUUUGUAGGAAAUGCUUUCGUACAAUGUAACCAAAUACCAGUGUCUGAACCCAAGAAUCCUUGCAAUCCAUCACCUUGCGGACCUAACAGUCAAUGUAGGAAUAUUGGAGAACAAGCUGUAUGCUCCUGUGUACCGGGUUACAUGGGAACGCCUCCAAAUUGUAGACCGGAAUGUACAACAUCUUCAGAUUGUCAGUUAACCGAAGCUUGCGUGAAUCAGAAAUGCAUAGACCCAUGUCCUGGCACUUGCGGUUUGAACGCAUUGUGUCAAGUGAACAAUCAUAAUCCAAUUUGUAGUUGUCCACCGAGGUAUUCUGGAAAUCCAUUCACGCUGUGUCAGAUAAUAUAUGAGCCCGUUGUUGAACCCAAAAAUCCAUGCCAACCAUCACCAUGCGGUCCCAAUUCACAAUGUAGGGAUAUUAAUGGUUCUCCAUCUUGCUCCUGUCUGCCAGAGUUUGUGGGGGUACCUCCAAACUGUAAACCGGAGUGUGUUAGUAAUGGGGAAUGCCCGUAUAAUCUAGCUUGCAUUGGACAGAAAUGUAAAGACCCAUGUCCAGGUGUUUGUGGAGUAAACGCAGAUUGUAGGGUAGUUAGUCACACGCCUAACUGCGUAUGUCUGAGUGGAUUUUCUGGAAAUCCAUUCGAACGAUGCGUACUACCACAACCGCCACAACCUAAACCUGCAGAUCCGGUUAACCCUUGUGUACCAUCUCCAUGUGGAGCUAACGCUGUUUGUAGGGAACAAGGUAAUGCGGCAGCAUGUACUUGUAUUCCUGGCUACUUCGGAAACCCCUACGAUGGCUGUAGACCGGAAUGUACUAUAAAUUCAGAUUGCCCGUCCAACAAGGCUUGUUUCAACUACAAAUGUCAAGAUCCUUGUCCAGGAACGUGUGGUAACAACGCUAUUUGUCAAGUUAUCAAUCAUCUACCUACAUGCUCCUGUCCUCCACCAUAUACUGGGGAUCCGUUCAGAAUUUGCAACUUCGCUAUAGAAGAAGAACCGAUACCUGUGAAUCCCUGUCAACCAAAUCCUUGCGGACCCAACAGUCAGUGCCGACAAACCAACGGUCAGGCUGUCUGUUCUUGUCUUCCAACUUAUGUAGGUUCACCACCAAGCUGCAGACCAGAAUGUGUGGUCAGUAGUGAAUGCCCCUUGGACAAGGCUUGUAUAAAUCAAAAAUGCCAAGAUCCUUGCCCUGGAACUUGCGGUAUAAACGCCCGAUGCGAGGUCAGGAAUCACAGCCCUAUCUGUAGCUGUAAAAUAGAUAUGACCGGAGAUCCUUUCGUCAGAUGUUACCCCUUGCCUCCAUCACCACCCGAACCAAAACCUGCGGAUAACCCUUGCGUACCAUCCCCUUGCGGUCCUAAUUCUCAAUGCAGGGACAUAAAUGGGGUUGCCGUAUGUUCUUGUCUACCCAACAUGGUCGGUUCGGCACCAAACUGCAGACCUGAAUGCGUUAUAAACUCGGAGUGUAUAAGCAGUUUGGCUUGUAUUAAUGAAAAAUGUAGAGACCCAUGUCCUGGUUCCUGCGGGUUCGGAGCUAUAUGUGAAGUUAUCAAUCAUAAUCCGAACUGUAGGUGUCCAGAAGGGUAUCAAGGAAACGCUUUCGUCUCUUGCUUACCAACGCCCAAACCUUUGCCUACUCCACCUCCGUCAGACCCUUGCAAUCCAUCACCUUGUGGUCAAAACGCUGUGUGUAAUAAUGGUCAAUGCACAUGCGUGCCUGAAUAUCAAGGCGAUCCUUACCGAGGUUGUAGACCUGAGUGUGUGUUAAACAGCGACUGCGCAAGGAAUAGAGCUUGCUUGAGGAAUAAGUGCGUAGAUCCUUGUCCAGGUACUUGUGGUCAGAAUGCCGAAUGUAGCGUUUACAACCAUAUAGCCAUGUGCACUUGUAUCCAAGGCUAUAACGGAAAUCCAUUUAUCGCCUGUUCGAAGAUUGAGAAUCCUCCACCAUCGAACCCAUGCUAUCCUUCGCCAUGCGGACCGAACAGUCAGUGUAGGGAUAUAGGAGGACAGGCAAUCUGUUCUUGUCUGAUAGGUUACUUCGGAAGUCCGCCAUCUUGCAGGCCCGAAUGUACCACCAGUACAGAUUGUCUGCAAAACAUGGCUUGCGUGAACCAGAGAUGCGUCGACCCAUGUCCUGGAACUUGCGGAAUAAAUGCGCUCUGUCAGGUUAUCAACCACAACCCAAUCUGUAGUUGCCCACCAAACUAUAGCGGAGAUCCAUUCAUAAGAUGUCAGGUUGUAAUCGUUGAAACAAGACCCAAUCCCGUGGUUAUACCAACGGAAGACCCUUGCGUUCCAAACCCUUGCGGUUCGAACUCCAUUUGCGAACCUACAACAGGGGGAAGAUAUCAAUGCUCAUGUGUUGCUGGAUAUUUCGGAAACCCACCAUUCUGCAGGCCUGAAUGCUUGCAGAACGAUGAGUGCUCGAGGGAGCUCGCUUGCAUCAAUAUGAAAUGCAGAGAUCCAUGUCCUGGGUCUUGCGGAUUGAAUACGAGAUGUGUUGUGGUCAACCACGUGCCGAACUGUGCUUGUUUGGACGGUUUCGUCGGUGAUCCAUUCAGAUCUUGUUAUCCAAAACCAAAACCAACACCACCGCCUAAGGAAAUCAAUCCUUGUCAACCAUCUCCAUGUGGGCCGAACGCUGUGUGCAGAGUGAUUAACAACUAUGCCGUCUGCGAGUGUAUACCAGAGUACAGAGGAAACCCUUACGAGUCCUGUAGACCAGAGUGUCUGUCGAAUUCGGACUGUACAAUGAACAGAGCUUGCAUAAGGAACAAAUGCCAAGAUCCAUGUCCUGGAACUUGCGGUAUCAAUGCUAUGUGCUCGGUCUUGAACCACGUACCAAUAUGCAGUUGUCCGGAUGGUUUCACAGGCGAUGCCUUCAGAAUUUGCACAGAAGUUAUAGUACCACCACCUCGUGAUCCAUGCAACCCUUCACCAUGCGGCAUGAACACCGUCUGCAGAACAUUGGGCGAAAACGCCGUCUGCGAAUGCCUGCCAGGUUUCUUCGGAAACCCAACGAGUGGAGGUUGCAGACCGGAAUGCACCAUCAGCGCGGACUGUCCCAGAGACAAGGCUUGCGUCAACUCCAAAUGUAUAGAUCCUUGCGUGGGCGUAUGCGGUUUCAACGCACAAUGCCACGUGGUCAACCACAGUCCCAUCUGUAGCUGUCCGCCGCCACUGAUAGGAAAUCCGUUCGAGCUGUGCGUGGAACAGAAAGAACCGGCAGAUCCAUGCAAUCCUUCACCUUGCGGACCUAACGGUCAAUGUAGGGUUAUCAACGGUGUGGCAAGCUGCAACUAUCCAGAAUGUAUCAUCAAUCAGGACUGUCCGAGGGAUAAGGCUUGUUACAGUCAGAGGUGUGGGGAUCCUUGCAGGGAUGCUUGUGGAGUUAAUGCGCUCUGUCAGGUCAUCAAUCACAAGGCGAUCUGUAGAUGUCCACCAGAAUACGUCGGGUCUCCAGAGGUACAAUGUCGACUCGAGCCAAGAGUGCCUCAACCCAAGGUGGAAUGCCUUCAAGAUUCCGAUUGCACCAACGACAAAGCCUGCAUCGACAACCGUUGUCAGGACCCAUGCUCCGUAUCUCAAGGCAUCUGCGGUCAAAACGCGGAAUGCAGACCACAACUGCACAGAGCCCUCUGCAUCUGCAGAGAAGGAUACACCGGAAACGCUCAAUCGGCCUGCUUCGAAAUCGGCUGUCGUUCGAACUCAGACUGUCCACCGAUACAGGCGUGCAUCAACAGAGAGUGUCUUGACCCUUGCUCGUACACCUCUUGCGGAUUGAACGCCCUGUGCAAACCGGACUCGAACCACAGGGCCAGAUGCUACUGUCCCGAGAACUUCAAGGGAGAUCCGUUCAUCAGAUGCGAAAGACCGGAAUGUACCAACGAUAACGAAUGUCCUUACAACUUGGCGUGUAGGAACGAACGUUGUGAGGAUCCUUGCAAGUGCGGAUUGUCGGCCAUUUGUUCAGUUAACAACCACAGGCCGCAAUGUUCUUGUCCGCCAGGUUAUAUAGGAAAUCCACUGGUGUCGUGUAAUCUCCAACCGGUGGUGUCAGCCGAAUGUAAAAUGGACGCUGAUUGUCCCAGCAAACUGGCAUGUUUCAGCGGUAAAUGUAAGAACCCAUGCACAGAAACUACACCAUGUGGAGUCAACGCAGAAUGCGUGGUAGUGGACUCUCUACCACUCAGAACCAUGUCAUGCAUUUGCCUGCCAGGGUAUGUUGGAGAUGCAGACAAAGAAUGUAGACUGGAAAUCGAAGAGGGUUGCAAGAGCCAUAACGACUGCGCAUUCACGGAAGCUUGUUUGAACAGGAGAUGUGUCAAUCCUUGCGCUGUGGGAAGUCCAUGUGCCGUUACGGCCCUUUGUGACCCACAAAACCACAAGGCGGUUUGUAGAUGUCCAUCAGGGUUCAUUGGUGAUCCAUUCGUCAAAUGCUACGAGGGUCUGGUACCUAAGGAGGAAUGCUUAACAAGUUUGGAUUGCCCCAACGACAAAUCAUGCAUCAAUCAACAUUGCCAAGAUCCAUGUUUGACUUCGAACCCUUGUGGAACUGACGCUCAAUGCAGGACCUUACAACAUCACCCCACCUGCUCCUGUCCGGAAGGUUGGGGAGGCAACCCACAAGUCUUGUGUUAUAAACCUGAAUGUAAAUCGAAUGACGAGUGUCCAUACAACAAGGCUUGCAUCAACGAGAACUGUCUGGACCCUUGCAACAGCUUGUCUUGCGGAAGGGGUGCAGAGUGUCUGGUUAAGAACCAUUGGGCUCAAUGCACAUGUCCAGCUGGCACACAAGGAAAUCCGCUGAUAUCAUGCAUAGCCGGUAUAUGUCAAUACAACGAAGACUGUGGAGAUCAAGAGGCUUGCGAUCGACUCAACAGAGUGUGCAGACCAGUUUGUCAAGAAGACACAUGCGCGGAUACAGCGAUCUGUGAAGCCCAAGCACAUCAACCUAGAUGCAGGUGUCCACCGGGCACUGAAGGCAAUCCUUACCAAGAGUGUGUGAAAGGAAAAACACCCGAACCAAGCCCUGAAUGCAAGAUGGACAUCGACUGUCCAUCUCAAUACGCUUGUAUCGAACAACGUUGCUUGAAUCCGUGCUUGGAGAACAACGUAUGCACGCCUGAUCAAGAAUGCAGAGUGUUAGACACACUGCCGUUACGUACCAUCAUGUGCCAAUGUCCACCAGAUACAAUAGCCGAUAUAUCAGGACGUUGUAGAGCAAUUGUAGUGGUAGAACCACAAUGUAGGGUCGAUUCGGAUUGUACAGACAGAGAGAAAUGUAUAUCAGGGAACUGCAUCGAAGCUUGCAGGAUCGAUAUGUGUGGUAUCAACGCCUUGUGUAAUUCGCAACACCAUCAAGCUAUCUGUAGCUGUUCACCGGGCUAUACAGGAAAUCCACAUAUUGAAUGCACAGUUUCGAGACCACCAAUUACUGGACCUGUCCCUGAAUGUUACUCUGACGACGAAUGUAGUUAUGACAAAGCUUGCUCGAAUGAAAGAUGUAUCAAUCCUUGCCUGAAAGAUAGACCAUGCGGGGUUGGUGCUUUCUGCUCGGUGAACAAUCAUAAAGCAGUUUGCACAUGUCCAAUUGGUUUUGAAGGAAGUCCACACACUGAAUGUUUACCACCACUUGGACCAACGGUAGGAUGUACAUCGAACUCAGAGUGCGCGCAGACAGAUUCUUGCGUGAACGGCAUCUGUAUCAACCCAUGCAACUGCGGACCUAACGCGCAAUGUAACAUCAUAAACCAUUAUCCAAUGUGUUUCUGUAAACCUGGAUAUUCUGGAAACCCACAACUUGGCUGCAUCAAACUGGGAUGUCAAAGUGACAACGAAUGUAACAACGACCAACAGUGCUACAACGGACAAUGCGUCGAUCCAUGCAUACUGGGCGAUCCGUGCGCAACGAGCGCCAUAUGUUACGGCAACAACCACAUAGCCUCGUGCAAAUGUGCCCCAGGAUACGAGGGUAAUCCAUUCGAUAGAUGCGAGAGGAUAGAGUGCCACACCGAUUCGGAAUGCCCGAACAACAGGGCUUGCAUACAGAAGCACUGCGUGGACCCUUGCAGCACCGUCGCAAAUCCACCAUGUGCACACAACGCCAUUUGCUACGCGCAGAAUCACGUGGCCGGUUGUCAGUGUCCACCGCAUCUACCAGAAGGAAACCCGUUAGCUUACUGUACAGCGCCGGUGAUAAUCGGCAAAGAAUGCGAACUAGACCUGGAUUGUCCGAGCCAGUUGGCUUGCAUCAAGGAGAAAUGCGUCAACCCUUGUAAAACGUUGUCACCAUGCCACAGCACCGCCCACUGCAGCGUUUUGGACACGAUACCAGUACGAACCAUGAUUUGUACUUGCCCAGAAGGAUGGGUGCCUAAUGAAAACGGAGAAUGCCACGCUGUAGUUAUACCGAUACCACCCGGUUGUACAUCCGACAACGACUGUUCUGCUAAAGAAGCCUGCAUCAACAGAAGGUGUAGAAACCCUUGUGACUGCGGUACAAACGCCAACUGCCUCGUACAGAACCACAGACCAAUCUGCUCCUGUUCGAACGGUUUCGAAGGCAAUCCAAACAUCGCCUGCUACGCCGUCGGUUGUAGGAUUGAUUCUGAGUGCGAGUCUGGAAAGGCUUGCGUGAACGGAAACUGCGUCAAUCCUUGUUUGGUGGAAGAUCCAUGCGGCGUUAAUGCGGAAUGUUACGUUUAUCAGAACAGGGCUCAGUGCAGAUGUAUCAGCGGUUACAGGGGAAAUCCAUUCGAGAGGUGUAACAUCGUUGGGUGUAUAUCCAACAGCGACUGUCCUGGUGAUAGGCAAUGUAGAAACACUCAAUGCGUUGACCCUUGCAUUUACGACAGCCCUUGCUCACCGAGAGCAGAAUGCAAGGUGCAGAACCACAUGGCUUUAUGCAGGUGUAGGUAUGGUUUCAUCGGUAAUCCUUACGUGGACUGCAAACCGGAACCUCAGCCUGAGUGUAGAGAAGAUCCGGAAUGUCCAUCAAGGCUGGCCUGUCUUAACAACAAAUGCCAAGAUCCUUGCGUUGUACUGGAACCAUGCCACAGACCAUCAGAGUGCGUGGUUGUCGGAUCAGUACCUGUACGUACCAUGAUCUGCGUGUGUCCACCUGGUUACAUCAGCAGCGGAAGCGGUACCUGCCAUCCUGUGAAAGCUAUAGAGGUCGGAGCCUGCGUGGUUGACGAGGAAUGUCCAGCCGAUAAGUCUUGCAUCAGCGGAAUCUGCAGAGACCCAUGCAACUGCGGUCUCAACGCAGAAUGCAGGAUCAAAAACCACAAACCAGUAUGUACUUGCAAGCAAGGCUACGACGGAAAUCCAGAGAUCGAAUGUGAGAGGACAGGAUGCAGAAAUGACGAACAAUGUUCAGGUCAACACAUCUGCGUGAACAGACAAUGCGUACCAGUUUGCGAUGUCGAUGGAUCCUCUUGCGGAAAAGACGCUGUCUGCUAUGGCGUCAACCACCAUGCAGUUUGCGAUUGUCCGCCAGGUUUCAUCGGUAAUCCAGAAAUAUCUUGUGUUCUGGUUGGUUGCAGAUCUGACAGCGAAUGUCCUGGGGGUAGGGCUUGCGUGAACAACAAAUGCGACAACCCGUGUGAGACCGACAAUCCUUGCUCCGCACCAGCAGAAUGCAAGGUCUACAACCAUAUGGUCGAAUGUGUAUGUCCACCUGGCACCGUCAGUGACGGUAAAACGGGCUGCAUCGAGGUCGGAAUCGAGAAAUGUAGGAAAGACCACGACUGUCCAUCGCAAUACGCUUGCAUUGGUGGCGAAUGUAUCAACCCUUGCAAGGAAACCGACCCUUGUGGUGUGAACGCCGAAUGCACGGUGCUUGAUACGGAACCAGUCAGGACCAUGGUUUGCAAAUGCAUGCCUGGCUAUGAGGGCAACGCUGCUGUGCAAUGCGACAAGACCGCCAUAUGCAGAAUAGACAAAGGCUACAUCCGCACGCCUGAUGGCAAGUGCGUAUGCCCGCCAAACACGGCCUUGGACGAAAACGACGAAUGCGUACUGUGCCCCGUACAAAAAGGCUUCAAGAUCGACGAGAAAGGAAGAUGCGUCUGCGCUCUAGAAAGAGGCUUCAUAAUCGACGACAGGGGAAAUUGCGUCUGUCCAAUCAACGGUUACCAUCUCGACGCCAGGGGCAAUUGCAUCAAACAGUUCGGGCCCAAAUGCGAAACCGACGACGACUGCCUGGAUCAGGAGUUCUGCGAGCCGAACACCAAGACCUGCCAGGACCCUUGCCUGUACAAGACCUGCGCGGAGAACGCUUUCUGCAAUGCGACCAAUCACGUGGCUGUUUGCAAAUGCCGAGUUGGUUUCACCGGCGACCCAGAGGUCUAUUGCAAUCAAACGUCUCCCCUACGAACUGUGUUCCCACGACCGGAAAUGGUCGUGAGUUGUCUGUCUGACGGUGUUCAGGUGGAGAUACACAUAGCUGAGACCGAAUUCAACGGAGUAUUUUAUGUGAAGGGUCACAGCAAAGACGAACAAUGUAGAAGAAUAGUAACACUGCCAUCGAAUUCACUGCCAAGGACGGAGAUUUUCAAGGUGCAAUUUGGAAACUGCGGACUGAUUCAUGUCAACGGCCAGGCCAGCUUCGUGCUUGUGAUCCAGAAACAUCCCAAACUAGUCACGUACAAGGCGCAGGCGUAUCACAUAAAAUGCGUGUACCAGACCGGCGAACAGAACGUCACCCUUGGCUUCAACGUGUCCAUGCUGACGACGGCCGGUACCAUUGCCAACACAGGCCCGCCGCCCGUGUGCACGAUGAAGAUCGUCACGCCUACCGGUCAGGAGAUCAACUCUGCCGAGAUCGGCGACAACCUGAUGCUGCAGGUCGAGGUACAGCCCGGGUCCAUCUACGGAGGCUUCGCCAGGAGCUGCGUGGCCAAGACGAUGGAGGCUAACGUCGAGAACGAGUACCCGGUCACGGACGAGAACGGAUGCGCCACUGAUCCGACCAUAUUCGGCGAGUGGGACUACAAUCCUGACACGCAGAGCCUGUCGGCCAGCUUUAACGCGUUCAAGUUCCCCAGCAGCGAUAACAUCAGGUUCCAGUGUAACAUCAGGGUGUGCUUCGGAGCCUGUCAACCUGUGAACUGCCGUGGGUACAAUGCCUUCGGAAGGAGAAAGAGAUCUAUUGAAAACGAAAACACGGAUCUGGCUGUGUCUGGAGAUCUGAUGACAGGACAGCUGAGGGAAGAAAUAACGAUUUCAUCUAACGCAAUAUUGACGUUCGAGAGACGAGAAGAGAAGCUGGUAGAUCCUGCAGCAGCUGCAGACUACCAGAGAGUCGAGGACAUCUGCGUCUCAAUGAUAGGAUUCAUAAUAUCAUUGGUAAUAACUGCCCUAUUAGCACUGGUGGCCAUUGCUGUGGCUGUGUCCUGUUGGCUGAUGGCCUACAGGCGCAGGCCGAAGGCUUCUGGGCCUCUGCCACAUCCUCCAGAGUUCCCAAACCCGCUGUUCACAACACCCGAACCGAUGGCCGAGCCCAGUCCAGACUACCUCACGUAAUGAUCAGUGUAUCUUCGUAGUAGAACAUAAGUAAGAAAAAAUACUCCCAAGUAUACAUAGAUAUAUACGAACUACGACUAUAUGUAACGACUCAACAAGACUCAGAAAAUACUCGAUUUUACACUUUUAUAUGUAUAUUUAAUUCCCGAACGUUCCACAUUUUUUUCAACGUCCGUCCAACGAACUUCUCACUCUGAAACGAAAACUGCCAAGAAAUGUGGAAUGUUGGAACGAACUAGAGAAAUUAGAUAUAUUUAAAUGAACGAAGUAAUGUUUGCAUCCGACCGUUUACAAGGUGCAAAUAUUUCUGCUAUCUUUUCCACUGGCUUUCCCAAUAUACGUGAAUGCGCUUACCAGACAAGGGAAUUUUCUACUAAGGGUGAUGGUCUUAAUCUGUCUUGUAACAAAUCUCUUCGAAUCGUUUUGUCGGCCCCUUCGUCUGUCCCUUUUCCCGAUGUUACUAUUGUAAAUAUUAAUGUUUCGUCGAAGCCACUGGAAGAUGUAGUCCUAGACGUAAGGCUAGAUAUUUUAUAAAUCUGUAUAAAUUGUUUGAAUGUGAUUUUUGAGUGUGGAGUUUUUCUCCUAUAAUAUUUUUUGGUGCUGACUGAUAAUUUUAUUAUUUCAUACAGUCAUUAUUUAGUCAAUCUGUCCUUGAUAGUACCUUUAAUUUUAUUCAAGUCCAAAAAGACAUAACUCUUAACCAAAAAAAGUAUUAUAUAAAUUUUGAAGCUUGAUUUUUCAUUGUAAUGGCUGUUUUUUCAAGAAGCCAACUAUUAUUUCCAUAUGCUAUUCAGGAUAAUUGUUCAAUAUGUAUGUGAAAUAUUGUUCUCUGUUUCUUUUGUAAUUUUUGAUCUAACGAUGAUUCCUUAAUUGUCAUUUUGUGAUAAUCGCUUCUUUAAUAAAGAUUGUUUAAUAAA